AUGGGUAACAGGUGUUAAAGUUAAGGCCAGACAAAAUCUGUGUGGUUGUUUUCUUACCACUUACAGAACACUAAUUGAUAGAAUCGUAGCCUUACAUGUUUAGUAUAAGUAUUAUUGGAUCAUUUGAUCCUACAGGUAUUUUGUUUAAUUCCAAGUCAGUUCUAGAGUGUAGAGGUACCCCUACGGUCGGUGGGUUCUACCCCUACUGGUUGCGUCUGGUCAUAGUUCUAAGUGACACAGGGAGGGUCACUGGUUCUGCUCUGUCACCAAUGGACCAGCGAGUCAGAAUAAGCUUUAGAUGUACAGUAUGUCAGUGCCACCUUAUAAUAUGUGUAAUAAUAAUAAGACAGAUAUACUAAGAUGUAUAUGUGUUGUAAACUAAAGCCAUCCUCAGAGGAAUACAGAGUAUACUACUAUGGCUUGAUCCCUCUUCUUAAUCCCUCAUCAGAGUUUUUGUUUUGUUAAUGUCCCAAAUGGCACCCUAUUCCCUUUCAAAAGUAGUGCACUAUAAAGGGAAAAGAGUGCCAUGGCCCUGGUCAAAUGUAGUGCACUAUAAAGGGAAUAGGGUGCCAUAGCUCUGGUCAAAUGUAGUGCACUAUAAAGGGAAUAGAGUGCCAUGGCCCUGGUCAAAUGUAGUGCACUAUAAAGGGAAUAGAGUGCCAUGGCCCUGGUCAAAUGUAGUGCACUAUAAAGGGAAUAGGGUGCCAUUUGGGACAUCUAUGAUGUCAUCAUCUGAGGUAUGAGCACGGGCCACUAGUGAUCCUAAACCCUGAUAAGGUAUGUGUUUGUUGUUGUUGUUGUUGUUGUACUACAUAUAUAUACAGUAGUGAAUAAGGGAACAGUGUUCCUGUGGCAUAAAGUAUCAUUACAUCUUCUCAUUGAAACCAGGGACAAUUCUGGGACAGCAAAACUAUACCAUAACUAUACCAUAAUCCUGAUAUGGUAAUACCACCCUUUAUACCUGUAACAUAUUGACAGCUCAGACUGCAGAAAACACAACCCCAUACCCAGCCCCACCUCAUACACCCAUACCCCAUCCAUCAUACCCCCAUACCCCUACACUUAAGCACUAACCAUAGCCCCUAUCCCUAGGCCCUAUACUGUCCCCAGUGAUCCUGUUCUAGCAAAUCACAUGUUGUCUCAGAAGUAAAGUGUUGGAACAGAGAUUUUCUCUGUCUCUGUCAUAACAACAUAGCUCAUGUGACCUAGCUUGGAGCAGAUUAGUUAUGUUUGUGUGUGUGUGUGUGUGUGUGUGUGUGUGUGUGUGUGUGUGUGUGUGUGUGUGUGUGUGUGUGUGUGUGUGUGUGUGUGUGUGUGUGUGUGUGUGUGUGUGUGUGUGUGUGUGUGUGUGUGUGUGUGCGUAUGCGUGCGGUGUGGCAUGAAUGAAUGAAACAGACCAGAGACCAGACCAUGGAACUAAAGCAUACACAGACAGCAUGGCCUGGCCUAGAGCUCUCUCGCUCUCUCUCUCACGCACACACACACACAUAAAGUCAUGCAGUAUAGAAAAAUUUAACUAUUAGGAAACUGUGGUUAUUUCCCCAGUCCACAUUGCAACAGUAAGAGGAUUGCACAAUAUUAGACCUAACAUAGUAAACAUAAAUCCGGGACACUCCAAUUACUAUGAUAUGUGACGUUUCCUAUGGUAUGGUAUGUAUUAAUUUGUGGAAUUCCAUCAUCCAUUUCAUAUGAUAUGUUACGAAUUACAAUUUGUAUUAAAUGUAAAUCUGAAAUGUAUAGGCUACAAAUUGCAAAACAGAUCACUCUGGAGUCAAUGUUUUCUAUUUUCUGUUGUAUUUUUGACUUUAUGUUUUGUUUUACCCCAUAUGUAACUCUGUGUUGUUGUUUUUAUCGCACUGCUUUGCUUUAUCUUGGCCAGGUCGCAGUUGUAAAUGAGAACUUGUUCUCAACUGGCUUACCUGGUUAAAUAAAGGUUAAAUAAAAAAAUAAAAUAAAAAUUUUUAACAUAAUGUGUAAUUUAUCCUAUUAAACACAAAAACGAUGUUUCAAUUGAGAAUUGAGAAUCACAGUCUUGGGGGAUUUCAACCUCCCCACGUCUACAUUUGACUCAUUUCUCUCUGCCUCCUUCUUUCCACUCCUCUCCUCUUUUGACCUCACCCUCUCACCAUCCCCCCCCACUCACAAGGCAGGCAAUACGCUUGACUUCAUCUUUACUAGAUGUUGCUCUUCUACUAAUCUCACUGCAACUCCCCUCCAUGUCUCCGACCACUACUUUGUAUCCUUCUCUCUCUCGCUCUCCUCCAACACUACUCACUCUGCCCCUACACAGAUGGUAACGCGCCGCCGCAACCUUCGCUCUCUCUCUCCCACUACUCUCUCCUCUUCCAUCCUAUCAUCUCUUCCCUCUGCUCAAUCCUUCUCCCUCCAAUCUCCUGAUUCUGCCUCCUCAACCCUCCUCUCCUCCCUUUCUGCAUCCUUUGACUCUCUGUGUCCCCUAUCCUCCCGGCCGGCUCGGUCCUCCCCUCCAGCUCUGUGGCUUGAUGACUCAUUGCGAGCUCACAGAACAGAGCUCCGGGCAGCUGAGCGGAAAUGGAAGAAAACUAAACUCCCUGCCGACCUGGCAUCUUUUCACUCCCUCCUCUCUACAUUUUCUUCAUCUGUUUCUGCUGCUAAGGCCACUUUCUACCACUCUAAAUUCCAAGCAUCUGCCUCUAACCCUAGGAAGCUCUUUGCCACAUUCUCCUCACUGCUGAAUCCUCCCCCCCCCCCCCCCCCUCCUCCCUCUCUGUGGAUGACUUUGUCAACCACUUUGAAAAGAAGGUUGACGACAUCCGAUCCUCGUUUGUUAAGUCUAAUGACACUGCUGGUCCUGCUCACACUGCCCUACCCUAUGCUUUGACUUCUUUCUCCCCUCUCUCUCCAGAUAAAAUCUUGCGACUAGUGACUGCAGGCCGCCCAACAACCUGCCCGCUUGACCCCAUCCCCUCCUCUCUUCUCCAGACCAUCUCCGGUGACCUUCUCCCCUACCUCACCUCGCUGAUCAACUCAUCCUUGACCGCUGGCCAUGUCCCUUCCGUCUUCAAGAGAGCGAGAGUUGCACCCCUUCUCAAAAAACCAACACUCGAUCCCACUGAUGUCAACAACUACAGACCAGUAUCCCUUCUUUCUUUUCUUUCCAAAACUAUUGAGCGUGCCGUCUUUAGCCAACUCUCUUGCUAUCUCUCUCAGAAUGACCUUCUUGAUCCAAACCAGUCAGGUUUCAGGACUGGUCAUUCAACUGAGACUGCUCUUCUCUGUGUCACGGAGGCUCUCCGCACUGCUAAAGCUAACUCUCUCUCCUCUGCUCUUGUCCUUCUAGACCUGUCUGCUGCCUUUGAUACAGUGAACCAUCAGAUCCUCCUCUCCACCCUCUCCGAGCUGGGCAUCUCCGGCGCGGCUCACUCCUGGAUUGCGUCCUACCUGACCGGUCGCUCCUACCAAGUGGCGUGGCGAGAAGCUGUCUCCGCACCACGUGCUCUCACCACUGGUGUCCCCCAGGGCUCAGUUCUAGGCCCUCUCCUUUUCUCCCUAUACACCAAGUCACUUGGCUCUGUCAUAUCCUCACAUGGCCUCUCCUAUCAUUGCUACGCUGACGAUACACAACUAAUCUUCUCCUUUCCCCCUUCUGAUAACCAGGUGGCGAAUCGCAUCUCUGCAUGUCUGGCCGACAUAUCAGUAUGGAUGACGGAUCACCACCUCAAGCUGAACCCUGGCAAGACGGAGCUGCUCUUCCUCCCGGGGAAGGACUGCCCGUUCCAUGAUCUCGCCAUCACGGUUGACAACUCCGUUGUGUCCUCCUCCCAGAGUGCGAAGAGCCUUGGCGUGACCCUGGACAACACCCUGUCGUUCUCCGCCAACAUCAAGGCGGUGACCCGAUCCUGCAGGUUCAUGCUCUACAACAUUCGGAGAGUACGACCCUGCCUUACACAGGAAGCGGCACAGGUCCUAAUCCAGGCACUUGUCAUCUCCCGUCUGGAUUACUGCAACUCGCUGUUGGCUGGGCUCCCUGCCUGUGCCAUUAAACCCCUACAACUCAUCCAGAAUGCCGCAGCCCGUCUGGUGUUCAACCUUCCCAAGUUCUCUCACGUCACCCCCCUCCUCCGCACACUCCACUGGCUUCCAGUUGAAGCUCGCAUCCGUUACAAGACCAUGGUGCUUGCCUAUGGAGCAGUGAGGGGAACGGCACCUCCGUACCUUCAGGCUCUGAUCAGUCCCUACACCCAGGCGAGGGCAUUGCGUUCAUCCACCUCUGGCCUGCUGGCUCCCCUUCCUCUGCGGAAGCAUAGUUCCCGCUCAGCCCAGUCAAAGCUGUUCGCUGCUCUGGCACCCCAAUGGUGGAACAAGCUCCCUCACGACGCCAGGACAGCGGAGUCACUCACCACCUUCCGGAGACAUUUGAAACCCCACCUCUUUAAGGAACACCUGGGAUAGGAUAAAGUAAUCCUUCUACCCCCCCCCCCCCAAAAAAAAAAAAAAAAAGUAUAAUUGUAAAGUGGUUAUCCCACUGGCUAUAGGGUGAAUGCACCAAUUUGUAGUCGCUCUGGAUAAGAGCGUCUGCUAAAUGACCUAAAUGUGCCCUUGAGCAAGGCACUUAACCCUAAUUGCUCCUGUAAGUCGCUCUGGAUAAGAGCGUCUGCUAAAUGACUAAAAUGUAAAUGUAAAAUGUAAUUAGGCAGGUCUCAUGCCGAAAAAGAAAGGAAAUUAUUGCCAACUUUACCCAUAUUUUCUUUUCUUUUUGCAAAAAAAGUAGUGUGUAGUUCCAGUAGUUAGCUACACCACUACAUGACAAAAAAGUAAUUAACUAGUGAAAACACUACCAAGAUUUGAAUUUAGUUAAACUACCACCAAGCUACAGCAAAAUGUAAUUCAAAUAGGCCUACUAGUUGAACUACAUGUAGUUAACUACUCCCCAUCACUGCAUUUUUGGGCAGCAUGCCUAUGUUUGUGGCGCAUGCUUCCUGAAGAAUGGUCCUUGCUAUCAGGGAUCCUUGGGACGUCCAUAGCAAUAGGUAAAUUAAGUAAUGUUGCUGCGAUUCGCCUAGAAGACCACUAGAUGGCACUAUAGAACGUCACAAAUAUACACAGACCAAGGAGAAAGUGGAAGACGCCAUUUUUUUUCAUAACAAUGACAGCAGAGAUAAACUUAGCGAAACGGAGAGUACUGCGAAAGCGAGAUAGAAGGAAGAGGAGAGAACGGGAGGGAAGAAGGAGGAGGAUGAGUAGGCUAGGUUUAUAAAAUCACCGAAUGACAGUCCGGAUGCAUCACAGGUACGGACGCCUCCGAUUGGUUGAAGCACGGUUCUGAAGGAGGGGACAGAGGAAAGACAUCAAGGGCCUAGCUGAGCAUGCGCUAUUGUGUCUCCAGUCAAGCCCGUGUGCGUGUCUAUCUGUACAUAUGUAAGACAAAAUCCUUCUGUAGCUAUAGACAUUGCUGUCUGACGUCCACUGGCGUGGUACACUACAAGAGUAGGAAUUUUCUACUAAGAACUGGACCUACACACAUCUAGCGCUCCUUUCGGUUUCAUUUGAAGGUUCUUGUUCGGGUUUAGCUUUGGCUGUAGCCUAUCAACCCUAACCUCACCGACACGGGGACUCUAACCCUGAAAAGAAACGGGUCCUGCCGGUUCUCCUUCCACAGGGCAGGUGAGUCUUUACAUCAGUAUGAAAAUGUAUGCACUCACUAACUGUAAGUCGCUCUGGAUAAGAGCGUCUGCUAAAAUAAAAUAAAUAAAAAGCUAGUGUAGUACAGGGUUUCCGAAACCCCCCCCUGGGUGCACGUUUUGUUUUUUGCCCUAUCACUACGCAGCUGAUUGAAAUAACCAACUUAUCAAGCUUUGAUUAUUUGUAUCAGCUGUGUAGUGGUAGGACAAAAAACAAAAUGUGCACCCAGUUGGGGCCCCAGGACCGAGUUUGGGAAACCCUGGCGUAGUAGACAGGCAAAGGGAGACCAUCCGAGGAUGGACCAAUAGCAAACGCCGAAGGAUCAUGUCUAUAGCGAUGCAUGCGCCUAAUCAGACGGCCUCAUCAUUUAAUGAUAAGAGAUGCGCAGUGGAAUAGUAGGACGCCUUGCUUUCUAUUUAUUGGCCUAGACUCUUUGACCUAGAUAGUUUGUGUGUCUGUAUUGAUAUGUUGGCUACGUGUGCCAUUUUUUAAAUUGAUAUAGUUCUGUCCUUGAGCUGUUGUCUAUUAAUGUUCUGUAUUAUGUUUUGUGUGGACCCCAGGAAGAGAAGUUGCUGCUUUCGCAACAGCUAAUGGGGAUCCUAAUAAAAUACCUAUCGCCACUCUGCCUUUCCUUCAUUUUAUAACAAGUGUGUGUAGCAGUGGAGGCUCAACUGAUUAAAACACACUGUUUUACAAUGAAGGUCUACAGUAGCCUCAACAGCACCUUCUAUGGGGAAAGGGGAUACCUAGUCAGUUGCACAACUGAAUGCAUUCAUCUGAAAUGUGUCUUCCGCAUUUAACCCAAGACUGCUGAAUCAGAGAAGUGCAGUUGAGCUGCCUUAAUCGACGUCCGGGGAGGAGUUGUUGUUGGGGGUUAACUGCCUCGCACAAGGGCAGAAUUUUUCCACCUUGCCAGCUCUGGGAUUCGAAUCAGCGCUCUUAACCGCUAGGCUACCUGCCGCGAUGCUCAGUGGUUCCCAAACUGGGAAGGGGAUAUUUUUAAGGAACUCAGUCCGGCUUUCAGUUUACUCCUGACAGUUGUAAUAGUUGAAUGUACAAGGUGCAAUUUCGAAAAUGGGUAGUGCAUCAGCAGUUUUACUCUUGUCAUUGCAGAUCUUAGAGAGCUAUUUAUAACUUGUCCAGAUCAACUAGCCCAUGUCAGCUAACGUUUUGUAGCUAGGUUUUUUUAGCCCAUUGAUUUUGUUGUAAUGUUUGUGUCACUCAAAGAUAACAUGAACACACACAAGACAUGGCAAAAUGUGUAGAAUAGCAGGAAAUUAGCUUUAAAAUGACACAAAAAAGUGCAGUGGCGAUUUUAGCAUGUAAAUCUUGCUGGGGCAAACAGAUUUUUUUUGGGGAGGAUGCAUGCAAGCAAAGCCACAACACUAAACAAUACAUUAAUUGCACUAUAUAACGGUGACAAACGGUGCCCACAAACUGUUAGGGCCUACAUAAAGCGUUCCCAACAGCAGAGCUUUCUUUUCAGCACCAUGUAGUGAAUCCUUACCACUGCUACACCCGGCUAUCAGUGGAGCCUUGUCUGGCAGCGAAACAGUUAAUUCAGCUUAAUUUACUGCAGUUUAAAAAAACAUAGCUGAUAUGGCUGACUUGCUUAAACAAAUGUGGUUUCUACUGAAAAUUGAGAUGUACAAACUAUGGCAUAAGGGGACGAUGAGCGCAUAAGAGGCAAUACGUAAUUUGGAUUAAGACAAUGAGCGAGCUAGGACGGACGUAGUCAAUAUAACUAUUUGUUCAGCUCUUUUGAAAUGUACAGCGACAUAAUUCAGAACAUGGGCCGUUCUUAGUAUUCUCCCUGUACACCAAGUCAGAACCGUAGGAUAAAGAUAGGGGGUAUAUAAGCAGACAAUGAAAGCUCUUACAAUAUUCAAUGAUUACAUAGGCUACAUUUGCACCACCAAGUCAGAACAGUAGGCUAAAUUAUGAGGGGGAAAGGGACCACAUUAUAAGGGUGAGGCACAUGGGCUACUAACAGCUUACUACACAACAUACACUAAGUAUUACUUUCUUAGCUACAGGAUCUCCCUGGCAUAUUACAUAAUUUAUGCAGCAUCAUACAAUACAUUUUUGGACUCACCUUGUUGUGCUGUGCUCACUUGAACAAGAAGGUGGCGCGGCGGUCCUUCUUGUUAGCUCUAGAAAGAGGCCCGAAAUCCCAACGGAUGACCGUUCAAAAUCAUUUUCCGUAUUUUCCCAGUCAGAGCUAGUUUUAUCAGAGUUCCCAGUUGUCUUGAACUUACUGAAGUCUGAGAUUUCCCAGUUCUGAGUUUCCAGUUGUUUUGAACGCGGUAGAAGUCAUGCUGGAUUGACAGCAUGGCCAAUGUAUUCAAACUUUUCUGGCCCAUGGUGUUACCCCCUUUUUCGUGAUAUCCAAUUGGUAGUUAAGAUCUUGUCUCAUCACUGCAACUCCCCUUACGGACUCGGCGAAGGUCGAGAGCCAAGCCACACUGCUUCUUGACACACUGCUCGCUUAACCCGGAAGCCAGCCGCACCAAUGUGUUGGAGGAAACACUGUCAAACUGACGACCGAAGUCAGCUUGCGUGUGCCCGGCCUGCAACAAGGAGUCACUAGAGCACGAUAAGACAAGGACAUCCAGGCCGGCCAAACCCUCCCCUAACCCGGACGACGAUGGGCCAAUUGUGCGCCACCUCAUGGGUCUCCCGGUCACAGCCGGCUGUGUCACAGCCUGGGAUUGAACCUGGGGCUGCAGUGGUGCCUUAGCACUCAUUGUUGAAUUUGCAAUUUCCAACUUGUUGUGUAAUGUUUAUGACCAAUGGCACCGAUACGUUUUAUCUAUAAUUUCUCUUCAUAUGACAAGGAUUGAAAAGGAUUUGCCAGUACAUUGCAGAGUUGAUACAUGAUGAUGACUGCUUGUCUAGCUUGCUAGCUAAGAUUUUGAAAGUAUGAUGUUGACAUGAUCAGUCCAAUCAAAGCUACGGUAGAUAUAAUUUGACGUCAUUUCAUCUGUGGCCAAUGACCUUGAGCCUUCUUGGAUGGGCACUUUUAAUGUAAGUCUAUGGCAGCACCCAAGGGGCUUGAAUUUUCGAGCUCUACCCAUAGAUUUUGCGGUGACAUAGUGUCCCCAUGAGUGACAGAACACUGAGCCAAUUACGGAGCAACUAGAGAACAUUACCAACCCCUACGCUCAGUAUUUACAGCUGGCUGCCCCACCACCAAAGAAAGCACUGAGCUAGGCUGAAACACCUACAAUUUGAACUGCCUUACUCAAGAAAGCAGAAAAGAGACCAUGUUUGUAUGCAGCUUUAUUAACUAGAUCUUUUUUUGGACAUUGUUUGAAAACUGAUAUGUGACACACAUUAAUGCCAGAAUAACAUGCAAAACAGGUGGGGCUCAAAACAGUUGGGGCUCUGCCCCACAUGCCCUGAAUGACGCAUCGCCACUGAUCCCAUGGCAAAAUGUAUAGAUUUGCAGGAAAUAAGCUUUAAACCUGCAAAAUGUUCUCUCUGCCAACAAAAGUGGUAUGAACAGUUUGUCAUGAACAGUGCUUGUGCCCAUAGAAAUAGACGUGGCAUGCGCAGUUUGUUCCCCAAUGCUGGAAGGGGGGCCUGAGUGAAAGUUUGGGAACCCCUACUCUAGGGUAACACCAUGGUGUAACCGGAGGACAGCUAUUUUCCGUCCUCAAGGUAAAUUUACUUCAAUACAAAACCUAGGAGGCUCAUGGUUCUCUCACCCCCUUCCAUAGACUUACACACAGUAAUUAUGACGACUUCCGAGGACGUCCUCCAACCUAUUAGAGCUUGAAUCUAGAAUCAGUCGGUGGUUGUAUUUGAUUUAACGCUUUAUUAAAAAGUAUGGAUUUCAGGGCUUGACAUUAACGCUUGUCCUCUUGUCCGGGAUAAGAAGAAUAUAGAUUUAAGUUGUCCGAAUGGACAAAUAAAGAAAGUCACACACAAAUCACAAUAUCAAACAAUUACUCAGAUCAUAAUUGGAUAAUAUUCAAAUCUGUUGUUCAUGUACAUAAACAAGAAAAGCCUACAUGUCAAAGUGUAUGUGAAAUGCAUAUUGGCUACAGCUUCAUGUCCAAAUCGAUGCUGAGAGACUUUUAAUUACAUAACUAUAGGCUUAACGGCAGUCAUGUUUGACACAUGUAAUAAAGGAUAGUUAACAUUAACAUCUAAAGGCUUGAUUUUGUCAACAUAGGCCCACUCGAUGCACAGUUCGUUCAGAUCAAAUGGUCACAAGACCAGAGAGUGAAGGACAGUGCCUGUUGCGCACCGCACCCACCUUGAAUCUGAGCGGAGGUGGUGAGCAUUUUGAAACUUUUUAACCAUAAACUUAAUUGUUUAAAACCUAGACAUUUUGUCAUUUUAUGAAGCAUGUCUUACCUUGUUUCAAAGUAGCCUAGCCUAGCCGAAAUACGAUCAUAGAAAUGUUGAGGGAAUUAUUUUAUAAACACUUAAUUGCUGGUUUCAAUGGCAUAUUGUCUCAUGUUCUAAUUGGUUUUCAAAUGAACUUAAUUUUAUUGUCCAGCAGCCAAAGGCAUAAUCCUAUUCAUAUUAGUAAAAUAUCCCAUGCUAGUUGAUGCAUCUUUAGAUCUCCCUCUUUCUUAAUUUCUAAGAGAUAUUUUAAUCUGUCACAUGAAACCGCUCGCGUGUGCGGUGCGCUUUUGAGAACGGUGUUUUCCCGCUAAUUGCAUUUUGGAACAUUUGCGUGUAGCCUACAGCUAUAUGCGCAUUGUUGAGCUUAUAAUAUGAAGUAAUGGGCCUCCCGAGUGGCGCAGCGGUCUAAGGCGUCACUCCAGACCUGGGUUCAAUCCCAGGCUGUAUCACAACCGGCCGUGAUCUGGAGUCCCAUAGGGCGGUGCACAAUUGGCCCGGCGUCAUCCGUGUUAGGGGAGGGUUUUUGCUGUAUCGACACAUAGUUACUCGAAGGAGUCAUUUAAAAAAAUGCUAGUCUGCGCUCAACUCCAUGGAGGAGUUAAGGUACUUGACUAUAAGCAGGUAGGACUAUUAAUCUAUCCAUCAGUCACCAUAUAGGGAUCGCAUCUGAUCUUAAGGACAAGCUUUAUUACUCCCUGUAUGGUUGUCCUGGAAACAGAGCUUGGAGGAACAGGUUUGUAUGUGUGCAUACGUCUGUGAGCCCACAUGAGGAAGGAAGAUUUUUUUUGGUCCUCACCAGUUACGUUCGUAGCCUAUAAUCUCUGGCGCUUUCUACACAAUGACAGGCUGCAGCAGAACCUUUGGUUUGUAGGCUAGGCUGCACAAAUUGGGCUAUAUGAUUAUGUAGCCUUCAUUACUUUCAUAAUUCACACGUGGGUCGUUUUUCUUAUCUGGGGCCGAUACAGAGAAGCGUGAAUGUGAGCGAUCAUGUACCAAGUCGUGUUUUUAUGCGUUAUCUACAGUGCAUUCGGAAAGUAUUCAGACCCCUUGCCUUUUUCCACAUUUUGUUAGGUUACAGCCUUAUUCUAAAAUGGAUUAAAUACAUUUUGUCCUCAUCAAUCUACACACAAUACCCCAUAAUGACAAAGCGAAAACAGGUUUUUACAAAUGUAUAGAAAAUAAAAACCAGAAAAUACCUUAAUUACAUAAGUACUCAGACCCUUUGCUAUGAGACUCGAAAUUGAGCUCAGGUGCAUCCUGUUUCCAUUGAUUAUCCUGGGGAUUUUUCUACAACUUGAUUGGAGUCCACCUGUGGUAAAUUCAAUUGAUUGGACAUGAUUUGGAAAGGCCCACACCUGUCUAUAAAAGGUCCCACAGUUGACAGUGCAUGUCAUAGCAAUAAAUAAAUACAGUUUUUUUUUUUGGGGGGGGGGGACAUAGAAAAUUGUAUAAAAACUAGCAAAUCAUGAUUUUAAUUUUGGAAAUCUGUUCCAAAGUAUUCUCACGUAUAAUAGAGAUUUGUGAUCAUAUACAAAUGUGAGCAAGGGUUGAAAAUAUUGUUUUAGUCGGAUAUUAUAUCUUGCUGUCAAUUUGCAGUCCACAAAUUAUUUGUAAUUAUGUUCCGGCCCUCUGACCAUCCGCUCAAGAAACAAUCAGCCCGCGGUUGAAUCUAGUUCAUGAUCCCUGGAUUAGGCUAUUAAGCCUAGCCUACUGUUAUUUAAUUAAUAUUACUAUGGUGAGUGUGAAGUGGGUUUCAGACGUGGAUUGUGGUGUGUUUGCCCACCGUAGUUAGCAUGUGACUGAGAUUACCCUGCUGUGCUGGGUCACUGUGCUUGUGUCUCUGUGUACCUCAGAGAGAGUGUGGAGGUAUAACCUAAUAAUAAUUUUGAGGGUGCUUAUAUUUGUCCUGUUACACACAAGUGUGUAAUGGAGAUAUUUCUUGUAUAUCCCAACUUCCCCUGAGACACCCGCAGGGAGUGGGGUCACCAUUGUACAGUGCCCCUGGAGCAAUUAGGGUUAAGUGCCUUGCUCAAGGGCACAGUGACAGAUUAUGAUUUUUUUUUUACCUUGUCGGUUACGUUAUUUGAACCAGCGACCGUUCAAACCUCGAGGCUACCUCCUGCCGGCCACUUCUGUGGCUCAGAGUGCGAUCACAGAUAAUAAGUCAUAAUAAUCUCACGUGCAUGUUCCGUUUAUCUCUGACAUUCAGCUUUUUAUGGUUUGAGUGCGAGAUCCCAUUGAACUCUACCAUUUUUCUGAAUGACAUUCCGGCGUGGGGUGCAGGUAAGUAAGCAGGCUUCAAUGCAUUCAAGUCUCCAGCAGCAUCCUUUAGAAACAGAAUACAAUGUUUAGAAAUGAAUGAACCAGACAUUUCAGCUGAAUAUAUUUAUCAUCUCUAGGCCUAUUGCCAAAAUUGCUAAUGUUAGCAACAACUAAUUGGAAUUUGUAAGAAAAUUGUGUAAUGUACAUGAAUGCGCUAUGAAGAAAAUUGUGUACUGUACACGAUAACAUGGACUUUUUCGCGUGCCUGUCACGAAUUUUGAAUAAGUAAUUUAUCUAUUUCACAAUAAGCUGUGAUGGUGUGUUGCGUGAACAGCAGGAUAUCUGACAAAUUGGCCCUUUUUUGCCAGAAUGACACUGUCAAGGAUUUAGCCUGUCUAAAUGACAGAAGUAAUUGAUGGGCUUUAAUAAUAAUAUAAUAAUAAUAAUAAUAAUAAUAAUAAUAAUAAUAAUAAUAUGCCAUUUAGCAGAUGCUUUUAUCCAAAGCGACUUACAGUCAUGUGUGCAUACAUUUUUACGUAUGGAUAUUUAUUGCUCACUGACUGACUGACUGACUUACUGUGUGUCUGACUUUUCCGUAUACACACUCAGGUACACACGCAGACAACCAUACUCAUAUCCACCCCUUCAGUCACUCUCACACAAUCACACACACACUGACACUCAGCCUAAGGCAUAUGACACUCAAAACAGAGUCACCGUUAGAUGACUCAGACUUACAAAUGUUCUUAUGAUGUGUAUCUAUGGGACUAAAUGUAUUAAUAUCCAUAGACCAGUCUGGCAGAUCUGGCAACCUGUAUUCGUUAGGUAGAUGUAAGGCGCAUAUGGACAUUUCCAUUUAAAAGGACCCAUGAGCACCAACAGUUCAUAGGAGCAUAUCAAAUUGGGUGUCAAAUGAAAGUUACAAGUCUAUUUUUGUUGUUGAAAUUAAGGCAUAUAUACAUUUUUCAACCAUUUUCCAUCCAAAAAAUUUGGAAUAAGCAAAGGCUUUGAUUUCUGGUCAAACCGAUGGAAAAGGUGUCUUAGAAAACAUCUACCUAAAAAAGUCUUAAAAGGUGUUAGAAAUACAUCAAAACAUAAUGUUGACGUAAAGACCCCUGCUAACUAAUAUCAACAUUUACUGUAUAUUUCGUUUUGGAUAAAUGUUUCUGCCUUCUGUAAGUUUAAGAAACAUUGCCUUGUGCCUUGAACUUUCCAAAAACCCACAUAUCUUUAAGAUAUUUUCUAAUUUCUCUCCCUCAUGAGGAGGGAGGAUAAUGAAACUUAACAUAAUUCACAAGUAAAGGUAGACCUAUCAAUUAGUUAGUGUUUUUACUGAUAUCAAUUUUGUUUAUGAAUUAUUAAGUGAUUAAAACUAAAUUCCGUUACCUAUUUGGUAACGGAAUUUCUGAAAUUGCGUUGGCUACAACGGGAAAUCGUAGUAGUCACAAACCGCAGUCGGGUUAACAAGCUUGGACAGCAUAGUACAGCACAGUAAAGAAAAGUAGAGUAUGCUAUAAUGUACUUUACUGAACUCUACUCUACCGUGCUGUACUCUACUGAGCUCUACUGUGCUGAAACAUAGACGUCUAACUAUGAUUGGUUCAGAUUUGGUCCGGUCUGGACCAACCAAAUGUGGACUUGUUUUGGGGCAGUGCUCAUUAAAAAUAAUAGCCAGUAACCAUGUUUUUAUGCAAGUAAAGUCAUAACGUAUAAAAAAAAAAAUCACGACAGCUGUGAUGGAAACAAAGUUUCGGAACAAUUUUAUAAAUGCCGACAGAUCAUUUGUUCGUUCGACAUGGUGUGAUCUUUUUGUCUGUAAAUUGUUAAAAGUAGUCCUUGUGCAUAGAGUUGUAUGGUUUGUUAAACUUUGAAAUCAAUGGUUUUUGUUUGGCAUACAUUUUAAAUGAAAAAUCUGAGUCUCCGCUCAAUUCCAUUAGACCAACUCCAGCACAGCGGUAAUCUUGAUGCUUCCAACAAUUUCAUGUAUCCUAUUGACCAAAGUUUCCAUCUGAUACGACCUUCAGGUAGGUGUAAGCAGUAGGGCUGUGAUGAUUAUGGAGUUUUGGGUAACGAUUAAUUUUCAUGCAAAUGACAACAGUUUAUUGUCAUUUUUGUUAAAAUGUUUUGCGCUUGUAAUGCAUCAUAAUGCUUAUUUGAAAAUGUGCUACAAAAUAUCUAAUGAAUACAACACAGCUUUGGUGACACCUCAGUUUAGAAAAUGAAUGAAUGGUUUUUUACCACUUGGAACUUUUAUACGUUUUUGGGACGUUUUUUCUACCAAUCACGAUGUUCUGCUCGCAAAAUAGUUAGCAACUUUGCCUUCUUCAUGUAAAAAUGAAAAACUGCUAUUCAGUAAACUAUAUCUAGUCCUACUUGAAAAUAAAGUUGCCCCCCCCCCCCCCUCCUAAAAUUAAUGCAUUAAACGGAUACUUCCUGCUAGCAGAUACCCACAGACUUCCAGUCAUUGUGUUGACGAUGGUUAGCAUUCGCUCUCGAAACUUCCUUCAUACUGGACACAGAGACAUCCACAAGUUCAUCUGACUCUGUGGAAGUAGAUAAAGGGCCUCAUUGCCAAAAUCCUAAAGUAUCCCAUUAAGAAGAUUAUGAUGAUUUAUUUAUUUUACUUCAUGUUUAUAAUCCAUAAUUGUUUAUUACCUGAUUAUUACACAAUUAUUACACAAUUAUUAAUUGUUGUGCCAGCCCUAGGAAGCAGUCAGCCUAUGGGCUUAGGGAAGCUCCAUUUCUAUGUAGGAUGGUUUCAUAGUGUUUAUAGGAUUCUCACUUGAGUAGAGGGUAUGGAAACUGUCUGUUGGUGGAAGACUUAAGGAGAUAACUAUUUGCUAUCCUAUCUCUUACCCCUCUGCUUCUUCUGUCUUAUCUCCCUCUCCCUUUUGUUUUUCUGCCACUCCACCCCCCCCCCCCCCCCCCCCCCCCCCCCCCCCACACACACACACACACACACAAACUACUAGACAUUUUGAUCAGAAAUAUUCCUUGACUUCCUCUAAUACACCUAUAACAACAUAUGUCGAAGGACAGGUGCUCUAAGCUCCAUUCCUUUACAGAAGUGCAGUAACUGUAGCCCUUAAAUGCAGUUAGCAGCACAUAUUUUGUUAAUGUAGUUUGGUCAUUCUAUAAAGCAGCAGAGUAGAAGUCAAUGCAGUUACACAUGACUGUGGUAAUAGGAGCCCACACAGAGAGCAGAGGCGUGGGUCUGGCUUUGAAGAUUUACUUCAGACUAUGAUUACUGCUUUCACAUAGGAAUUACGGUAUUUUGCCUGUAAAAAAAUUUGGGCCAAUCUUUAUAUGCCCCCCUUACAAGCAGGCCCAUUUUCACCACAUUCUUGCCUGCAUAUGCGUUUUUAUACCUCCCGUGUGCAUGCCAGCAUGCUGGGGAUGAGUGGUUGUAAUGGUGUGCAGAUGUGGGUGGGUGUCUACUUUUAUAAAUCCAUUGAGAAUAUACACCAUCCAAAAGAAAUCCAUUAUUAAUUUGUUUAGGCAGAUCCUGAGAAACAUAAGACUAAUACAAUAUAUUUUCAAAAGAAUAGCAUAUUUUGAGUUUAAUUAGGCCUAUGUUACGUGUCUGUGCAGCCAUGGCUGUGCCAUCCAAAUGAAGUCAAUAGUUUGCUAUUUUGUUCAUUAAACAGACAAAACAAACCUACCCGAUCACAGUCAACACGCAUAUAUAUAUAUAUAUAUAUAUAUAUAUAUAUAUAUAUAUAUAUAUAUAUAUAUAUUUGAUAGUAAGAAGAAUAUAACAGAAUAAAAUACAAAAUAUUUUUCCCACACAACUUGUCAUGGGAAUGUGUAGAACCGCUGUCAUAUAUAAAAAAAAGUUAUAUUUUGAAACCCAAGCCCAUGCGUUUUUGAUCCACGUUGAAUCUCUUUCCUACCCAAUAAUAACAAUCCUAUUUUCAAAAGCAUGUGAGUCUCGUGUUCAUAUUUCACAACGUAGGCAGACUUUUGGAGCUGUCUAUAUGCGAUUGAGCAAAAUAAUGGGCCUACUCUUGAUUUAGGCUACAUUAUUGCAUGCUAAAUGUUUUUGAUCAGUGAUAGAUGAGCAAACGAAUAGAUGAGCUAUACCACCUCCACUUAUUUUUCCAGCCAGAAACCAACUAACCAAAUAGCCUAUACAGACAGAGAGUUAGUGAAACAAAAUCACAUUGAUUAUAAGACAAGCCAGUGAAGUCAGAGGCUUUUGGUCGGGAGUAGGCUACUAAGUGACUGCGAGUGAAGACCACUAGAUGCCUGACCGUUGUGUCACAACAUAAUUCAGAGAACAAAGCCUAACUACUGUGUUACAAACCUAACCUUUCCUUACUACAGUACAGUAGUUACUUGCUGUAAUGGCUUCUUAUGAGUUACAAUAAGUCCUCUUUGUUGUAAUGGUCUGUGUCUGUCUGUUUCUCCUGGUGUUUGAUGUAUCCCUCUGUAAUACCCAGGGCCCUACAGUAGAAUAAAAUACAGUGAACUACAAUUGCAACACAGGGGGUAUUCAUAUUAACUAAAACCCAUUAUUUCCUGUAGUUGUUGUUGUGCAGCAAGAAUGCAUGUUUGGAUUCUUUACGUUGAUAGAACCAUGUUUACCAUGUGACUAUAGUGUUUCGUCAACUCAACUCUGUUAGUGUUUGGAGUGAGCAGUGCGGGGGGCUUAGUGUGUGUGUGUGUACUGUACUAUAUUGGCUUGGAUUCCAUGGAUAGCUGCUCUGUCACAGUACACCACACACACACACACACACACACACCCUUUCUGCCCGCUGUCUAUCUUUAGUAUUUAAGCCCUUUUGUUGCAGGUGUACUGUAUAGAUGGUUUAAACAUAAUCAUGUUUUAUUAGUAUUUAAGCUCUUUGUGUUUGGCGGUGGAGCGUUAACAUAGUUUAAUAGACCUUCCUGGGGUGUCAGCAUUCUUUCAUCCCCCCCCACAGAGUCAACUAAUGAAACAACAACAGCAACACCAGCUACUGUAAUGGAAAGGACCAUAGUGAUUAACAGUCAAUAGCUCUUAUCCCCUGUAAGGAUGGUGGCGGCACAAUGCCACUCUGCCACGCUGCUAUUCUUUACAACCACUUUCAUGUAGAUUUGUCCGAAUUUUCAACAAAGGAGAGUUGGCCGUCUUGCCUCUGUUCUGUAUCUCAGGAUAAGAGCAUUGAGUGUUUUAACAAAUCUGUCUCCACCAGCAGUACGUACAAGAAGUGUUGUAGUCUUGACUUUUGUUUAAUUCAAACUGUGUGUUUCUGUUGCUAAAACUAGUGAGCAUUACAGAUUAUUCCUAAGAAGGAGGAGAAGAGUGCCCACGCUUUUCUGGAGCAAGUGGCAGUGUCUUCUAUUGUCUGACUCUUGUUGCUGGUGAAGCCUGCCACAGCAAAAUCCACAAUCGCACACACCCAGGUCCAAAGCUGUCAUCUCAACACAUACAUACACACCCCAGCAUGGUUCCGUGGCCUCUGACCUCUCUAGGCCAAUGCCCUAUUGACCCUUGACCCUUAUAAAUAAAAGGCUCUGCCUUUCGUAGGUGACUUCACAUGCCCUGUCUGCAACAGACGAUGCGGAGUUCCAUAAUCUAAGUAAGUGUGUGUGUGGGGCAGUGGUUCCCAAACUGUGGGGCUAGUGCGCAAGGGGGGGUGCCAAAAGUUUGGGAACUCAGUCCAGCUUUAAACUUACUCUUGAAAGUUGUAAUAGUAGAAUGCACAAGGUGCAAUGGGUAGUGCCUCAUCAGUUCAUCUUGUCAUGUAAGUCAUAUCUUAGAGAGCUAUUUAUAACUUGUCAGAAAUGUCCAGAUCAACUAGCCCAUGUCAGCUACCGUUUUUUUUAUUUAGGUUUUUUAGCCUGUAGAUAUUGUUGUAAUUUUUUUGUCACUCAAAUAUCACAUGGAUACACAUUAGACGUAGCAAAAUGUAUGGAAUUGCAAGAAAAUUUGCUUUAAAACUGCAACAUUUUAUUUGUGCCCCAUGACAAAAUGUGUAGAAUUGCAGGAAAUAAACUUUAAACCUGCAAAAUUCUCUCCACCAACAAGAGGUGUGUGAACAGUUUGUCUCAUGAACAAUGCUUUACCCAUAGAAAUAGACGUGGUGCACGCAGGGGGGGGGCGCGGGAUGUUCCCCAAUGCUGGAUGGGGGACCUGAGUGAAAAAGUUUGGGAACCCCUGGUGUAGGGGUUAACGGAAGCGUGAAGUCUUGUCUGUCAGUGUAAGCAAGCAAGCAAAAGGGCAGAUUGGAGUCGGCAUUAUGUAUUUCUGGCCUAGACAAUAACACAGCCAGGACUAGGGCUGUUGCGGUGACCGUAUUACCGCCACACCGGCGGUCACGAGUCAUGAAGGCAGUCAAAUUCCACGUGACCGUUUAGUCACGGUAAUUAGGCUUCUCCAAGCUCUGAUGCUGCUGAUGGUCAUUAGUAGCCUACCAAACUUGCUAACUGCCUAAUCAAACACUUCAUGAGAGCCCAUCAGCUCAUGUUGCGCAACAUUUCAAUAGGCUAUGCAAUUGCGCAAGAAAACAGUGAUGGCCUCUACUGAAAAGAGGAGGAUCAGCUUUCUAUAGGCUAGGCCUACUAUAUUUAUUUUUCAACUUUCAUAAUAUUAAGCACAUUGCUUAUAUUUACAACAGAAGGAUAGCCUACCUGGCUGGCAUGAAAAUAAACCACGGGGGAAAGCGUCCUCCAUUCGCUAUUUAAGUGCAUAGAUGACAUGUCUUUUUUUCCCGCUUCCCCUGUUUCGAUACAAGUGCAUGAUAAUGGUCCAUUCUAAUUCUAAACAAAUUUCACAUAUAUAUAUAUAUAUAUAUAUAUAUAUAUAAUUUAGUAUAUGUAAAGACAAGAUUAAAUCAAGAAUAGUCUGAUGGGUGACAAUAUUAGCCUAUCACUUGUGAAUUAUAUGUUAUCACUUGUGAAUGAUGCCCAGUAUAAGAAACCAUGCCUUUUUUUUGCGAGCUUUUUUUAAUCAUAGUCGCACACCUCGUAGCCUAGCCGAUAGGCCUACUAUUUUAAUAAGGUUUGUAUCACAACUAAAGUGGCCAAUUAACAUUAAUAUGCGUUACAAGAGGUGUAGAGCCUAACUGGCAUACAUAAGCAGCGUGUGAGUUUCAAGUUUGGGGAAGAUAAUUUUCACUAUAAAAAUGCACCUUUUUUAUAAUAAAAGCAUUACAUGCAUAAUCCCAUUUGUGGUCACUUUUGAUAGUGGUGUUUUCCCGCUAAUGGAACAUUUGCGCUUAAAGCCUACUGCCAUGUGCGCAUUGCUGUGCUUAUAAUGUGAAGAAAUAGCCUAAUAGUUUAUCAACAUUUUAAGCUAAACGUUCUGAUCUGUUGCGUUAACCUCAUUGCGUAAAAACUUUUUUGGGACGCUAGUGAUUGUAUUAAUUUGGGAUCUAUCGCAUCCCACAACUGUCCCAGACUAUGUUUGGAAUAUUAAUUUCUCGCACAGAAUAGAAUAGAUCAACUUUUGUACUAUGGAGGAUAGUAGAUUGACAUAGGCUAGUGCUUUUGCUGUUCGUUAGGCCUACUCAUCUUGUUGGCUGACGAAAAGUACAUCUGGACAGUUCUUCCAAUAUCUUCAAUAUGCACCUCGGAAUUGGAUAAGGACGCGUGCAGUUGCGUCCCCGAUGUGUUUGUCUUCACUUGUAGCCUGUGAGAAAGACCCGAUCACGUGAUGGAGAGGCUUCAGAGCGGGCAGCAUUUAGGGAGAAGGGCUGCAAAAGGCAUGGAUUUUUUUAGGGUGCAUUAUGGCCACACAAAGGGGAAGCCACCGGGAAAUUCAAGGCUUCUCAAAUUGUGAAUGAGAGACUGACGAAGUGUGUACAGCCUGCGCAAAAAAAAACAAAGCAGAGCUCAUGCCUUUUCAAGCGACUUUUUUUCCAAUCAUCAUUAGAGUUGCAUCAUGCAGCCUUACAAUGUAUUGAAAAUCAAACCUAUAGCCCAACAUUUGUAGAACAACUAAAGUUACAUGAAUAACUCUAAAUUAAGCUUAUAAGAGUACCUAUUUAUUUGUUAACCGCUCAACACAGAAUAGCCGCAGUGCGCACUUAUUCAGCUUUGUUCAAUUGUAUUCUUCAUAAUAUAAAAUAAUGCCACGGAAUUCUAAGCAAAUCUUGUCUGCUAAAUGAACUAGUGUAGCCCACAGCCAUUUGGCAUAGCCAGAUCAGGAUCUAACAUAAGGACAACUCAGAGUAUGCUAUUCUGUUCUUCUGAAAUAGACUACAUUUUCUUCAUAUCAUGCUUCUUUAGACCUGUCUAAAAUAAAUAAUGGAUUUAUUGUAAAGGUGUAGGCUAUAUUACAUGGAUUUAUUAGACUUUUUUAAAUGUAGAUGUUCCAAUGGUCAGCAUCAGUGGCUUGUAGGCUAUGUGUGGAAGCCAGGAGAUGCUAAAUGUGUUUAUGUUAAUUAACGAUCAAUUACCGUGAGAUCGACAGUUAUUUGCUUGACAAUCACCGGCUGACAAAAUGUCAUGACUGCCCUAGCCAGGACCUAUUUGUGUCUGUAUGUGAGGGAUGGGUGUGUGUGCGUGCCUGCAUGCCUGUGUGAGAGACAUAAGGAGAUUUAAACCUGUUUAAGUGGAGACGCUGGAUGAAAUUUUAGUCCUCUCCAUUCCCUGAGUUCUCAUGCCAAAGUUAAUAAUAAUCAAAUAUAUGUUGAGGGACUCAGGAGUGCAUGGCUGCUUCCCAGUCUUUCACUGUGUAGAUUAUCAUGACACCAGAUUAUCACCAGAUUAUGAGGUCAUGACAGAUUAAAUCCCAUAGAGACAUCUUUGAGACCUUUCAGCUGAUAGGAUAGAAAUCCCUCCGUCUCUCUUUCCAUAUAAGAAAGUUUUCCAAUCCAUCUUAACAAAACCCCAGCCAGUCCUUGCAUAUUUUUGCUCACCUGAUUCAACUAAUCACCUAAUUACUAAGCCCUUGAUUAGAAUUUGAAGCUAUUCGAUACCAAAUGUGAUCUAUCUCUGAAUUUGCCAUGAUAAAACAGAGUAUCAGCUGCCUGUACUACAAUCUCUCUGGCUAACUUCAGUAAUAAAGUAUUGAUACCAGGCGGUGUGUACAGAUGUAUCUUUCUUGCGAAGACCUGGCCAUGCUUAGCUGUGGACAAACAUCUGGUGGACUUGGAUACACACACACACACACUAGAGCUGGGACGAUAAACCGAAAAUUAUCGACACCGACCAUACCGAUCACUUAUUGCAGGCAUUUUGCUGAUAUCGUUCAUUACAAUAAGAAGCCUAUACUAAAGAAAUGUAAAGUUUUGAAAUGAAUUAAGUUUGCUAAUAUGGGUGAUUGUUAAUGGGACAAUUGAUGGCUACAACAAUCAAACUAGUAGUAGUAGUUUAAAGGAUAAUAAAUAAAUAAAAACCUGUGGUGCACAUUAAUGUUAUAAACUUAUUGUUCUAUUUAUUGUUAUUGCAUCAAUUCAGGAAAUGUAUCGCGAUAGGAAUUUUUCUCCAUAUCGCCCAGCUCUAACACACGCACACAUAUCUGGUUGGCAGGGAUUGUUUUCCUCCUCCAGUGGAAUCUUACAUCACAGUGGAACACAGCUCAGGUUACCAUGGUGAUGGAGCCAUCACUGUCAACCCGGGGUAUUCUGGGUAUGGUUACAGUUAGUGAUGCACGUGUCUCUCUUCAAAAUCAAAUCAAAUUUUAUUGGUCACAUACAGUGGGGGGGAAAAAGUAUUUAGUCAGCCACCAAUUGUGCAAGUUCUCCCACUUAAAAGGAUGAGAGAGGCCUGUAAUUUUCAUCAUAGGUACGCGUCAACUAUGACAGACAAAUUGAGAGAGAAAAAAUCCAGAAAAUCUAAUUGUAGGAUUUUUUAUGAAUUUAUUUGCAAAUUAUGGUGGAAAAUAAGUAUUUGGUCACCUACAAACAAGCAAGAUUUCUGGCUCUCACAGACCUGUAACUUCUUCUUUAAGAGGCUCCUCUGUCCUCCACUCGUUACCUGUAUUAAUGGCACCUGUUUGAACUUGUUAUCAGUAUAAAAGACACCUGUCCACAACCUCAAACAGUCACACUCCAAACUCCACUAUGGCCAAGACCAAAGAGCUGUCAAAGGACACCAGAAACAAAAUUGUAGACCUACACCAGGCUGGGAAGACUGAAUCUGCAAUAGGUAAGCAGCUUGGUUUGAAGAAAUCAACUGUGGGAGCAAUUAUUAGGAAAUGGAAGACAUACAAGACCACUGAUAAUCUCCCUCGAUCUGGGGCUCCACGCAGGAUCUCACCCCGUGGGGUCAAAAUGAUCACAAGAACGGUGAGCAAAAAUCCCAGAACCACACGGGGGGACCUAGUGAAUGACCUGCAGAGAGCUGGGACCAAAGUAACAAAGCCUACCAUCAGUAACACACUACGCCGCCAGGGACUCAAAUCAGUAAACACACUACGCCGCAGGGACUCAAAUCCUGCAGUGCAAGACGUGUCCCCCUGCUUAAGCCAGUACAUGUCCAGGCCCGUCUGAAGUUUGCUAGAGUGCAUUUGGAUGAUCCAGAAGAGGAUUGGGAGAAUGGCAUAUGGUCAGAUGAAACCAAAAUAUAACUUUUUGGUAAAAACUCAACUCGUCGUGUUUGGAGGACAAAGAAUGCUGAGUUGCAUCCAAAGAACGCCAUACCUACUGUGAAGCAUGGGGGUGGAAACAUCAUGCUUUGGGGCUGUUUUUCUGCAAAGGGACCAGGACGACUGAUCCGUGUAAAGGAAAGAAUGAAUGGGGCCAUGUAUCGUGAGAUUUUGAGUGAAAACCUCCUUCCAUCAGCAAGGGCAUUGAAGAUGAAACGUGGCUGGGUCUUUCAGCAUGACAAUGAUCCCAAACACACCGCCCAGGCAACGAAGGAGUGGCUUUGUAAGAAGCAUUUCAAGGUCCUGGAGUGGCCUAGCCAGUCUCCAGAUCUCAAUCCCAUAGAAAAUCUUUGGAGGGAGUUGAAAGUCCGUGUUGCCCAGCGACAGCCCCAAAACAUCACUGCUCUAGAGGAGAUCUGCAUGGAGGAAUGGGCCAAAAUACCAGCAACAGUGUGUGAAAACCUUGUGAAGACUUACAGAAAACGUUUGACCUGUGUCAUUGCCAACAAAGGGUAUAUAACAAAGUAUUGACAAACUUUUGUUACUGACCAAAUACUUAUUUUCCACCAUAAUUUGCAAAUAAAUUCAUAAAAAAUCCUACAAUGUGAUUUUUCUGGAUAUUUUUUUUCUCAUUUUGUCUGUCAUAGUUGACGUGUACCUAUGAUGAAAAUUACAGGCCUCUCAUCUUUUUAAGUGGGAGAACUUGCACAAUUGGUGGCCGACUAAAUACUUUUUUUCCCCACUAUACACAUAUUUACACAUAUUUAGCAGAUGUUAUUGCGGGUGUAGCAAAAUGCUUAUGUUCCUAGCGCCAACAGUGCAGUAGUAUCUAACAAUUCGCAACAAUACACAAAUAUCUAAAAGUAAAAGAAUGGAAUUAAGAAAUAUAUAAAUAUUAGGACGAGCAAUGUCGGAGUGGCAUUGACUAAAAUCUAGUAGAAUAGAAUACAGUAUAUACAUAUAAAAUGAGUAAAGCAGUAUGUAAACAUUAUUAAAGUGACUAGUGUUCCAUUAUUAAAGUGACCAGAGAUUUCAUGUCUAUGUAUAUAGGGCAGCAGCCUCUAAGGUGCAGGGAUGAGUAACCGGGUGGUAGCCGGCUAGUGUAUACGUCAAUGUUAUUCUCAGAGGCUACCUGGAACAUAUCCCAGUCCGCGUGAUCAAAACAAUCUUUACGCAUGUUUUCCAAUUGGUCAGACCAGCGUUGAAUAGACCUUAGCACAGGUACUUCCUGUUUGAGUUUCUUACUCCUCCCCCUCUGUUUCUCUCUCUCUCUUUCUGUCUCUUUCUAUUUCUGUCUAUCCCCCUCUCUCUACACAUUCUAAUCCUCAGAGUAUGUACUUCUGUUUAUAAAGAAGUUGUCUUUUGGUUGUUUCAGGGCUGUGGUAAUAUUUUUCCUUCCUAUUAAAUGUAGUCAUAUGACUAUCACUCUGGGUGAACAAUAAACAGAUGUGGUUAUUCUAGGAGCUUUUGUAAAGUUUUGAUUUCCUAUUCUUGUACAUUUCACUUCUGUUUCUCUAGAACUGCAAUGGCCGAGGAGUCUUAUAACUGACUGUAAACACACACACACACACACACACAUUUGACACAACGUGUAACUAUUGACACAACGUGCUUUUGUCACACCUAUAAGAUGACAUGAACAAAGAUUAUCUAUUAUAUUGACAAGAUAACCGAGUGACCGCUCCAAUCAUUGAGGACAUGCAUUUCCGUUGUUAAAGGCAGGCGGAUCAGGUGAGACCAUUCUAGUCAAUGAGAGGGCAGAUACGCAUGUGAACAACAGGCACAACUAAGUUUUUCUCAAAGUUGCCGGAAUGCCACGUGCAUCCACUUAUAUCAGUACUUUUGUAACAGUCUAAACAUUACGAAACUUCUAUUUGAUAAUAUAAGCCUCAUGUAAUUCUACACUCUCCAUAGACCUCCAUACAAAAAAGGGCUUAUCUCAAGCGGACAGAUUUUGGGCAGAGUAAAUCCUCUCGCUUCGCCUUUUCCUCUCUGACAUGAAUGAACACUGAAGUAACUCUCUCCACACAACCCCCCCAACACACACACACACACUGAAACGUGUACCCUUCAGCAUUCAGGGUUGGAGUUAGGGAGUGAUGUGUUACCACACAGAGGAGCAGGCGGAUGGAAUGAUGUCAACACUGGGGCUCUCCUCAAGCUCGCGCAUGCACACACACACACGGGGGAAACAGCUGUGUUAGCCUCUCACAAAUACCACUGUGGCCUAUGGGACAUACUACACACACCACUGUAGUUUACUAUGGGACAGAGUGCCACUGUAGGACAGCCUGUUAGGGCAUAUUAUUUCCAUGUCACAAAAAGGUGUGCGUGUGUGAUAGGUCUAUAGCUGGAGAGGGAGAGACAGAGGAUAGAAACCAAUCGAUUAUCAAUCUCAUUAAUUACCUGACUGAUGAACGGUUAAUGAAUGUUGGCUGUCACAUUAACCACUAUCUCUCCCCCCCCCCCCCCCCCCCUCAGCUCUCUCCUCUCUCUCUCCAUCUCUUUCUCCCACUCUCUCUCGCUUCUCCCACCUACCCCCUCCUCCUCUCCCUCUUUCACCCCUCCCACACAGAUGCACCCCGCUGCCCAGCUCGACAGGAGCGAUGGGAUGUGUCAACUAGGUACUUCACUUACCAACAUUUAACACUGACUAAGGGGGGGAAGGUGUGAGACGGGGAGGGGGUUAGAAGAGGGUAGGGGGAGACGGGGGGAUGGGGGAGGGGGUUAGAAAAGGGUAGAAAGGGAAAGGGGUGGGGUGGUUGGGGUUACGAGUGAUGGGGGAGACCAGGAUGGAGGGUGAUGUCAACUAGGUACUUCACACAUUGUCCAACACUCCACAUGAAGAUGGAUGAGAAGGAGGGGAGGAUGGGAGAAGGGAGUUGGGGCAUGUGGGGUAUAAUAAGGGUGGGAGGUUGGGGCAUGUGGGGUAUAAUAAGGGUGGGAGGUUGGGGCAUGUGGGGUAUAAUAAGGGUGGGGGAGUUGGGGCAUGUGGGGUAUAAUAAGGGUGGGAGGUUGGGGCAUGUGGGGUAUAAUAAGGGUGGGGGAGUUGGGGCAUGUGGGGUAUAAUAAGGGUUGGGGCAUGUGGGGUAUAAUAAGGGUGGGAGGUUGGGGCAUGUGGGGUAUAAUAAGGGUUGGGGCAUGUGGGGUAUAAUAAGGGUGGGAGGUUGGGGCAUGUGGGGUAUAGAUAGGGUUGGGGUGUGGGUAUAAUAAGGGUGGGAGGUUGGUGGCAUGUGGGGUAUAUAAGGGUGGGAGGUUGGGCAUGUGGGUAUAAUAAGGGUGGGAGUUGGGGCAUGGGUGGGGUAUAAUAGGGUGGGAGGUUGGGGCAUGUGGGGUAUAGUAAGGGUGGGAGGUUGGUGCAUGUGGGGUAUAGUAAGGGUGGGAGAUUGGGGCAUGUGGGGUAUAGUAAGGGUGGGAGGUUGGGGUAUAGUAAGGGUGGGAGGUUGGUGCAUGUGGGGUAUAAUAAGGGUGGGAGGUUGGGGCAUGUGGGGUAUAGUAAGGGUGGGAGGUUGGUGCAUGUGGGGUAUAGUAAGGGUGGGAGGUUGGGGCAUGUGGGGUAUAAUAAGGGUGGGAGGUUGGGGCAUGUGGGGUAUAGUAAGGGUGGGAGGUUGGGGCAUGUGGGGUAUAGUAAGGGUGGGAGGUUGGGGCAUGUGGGGUAUAGUAAGGGUGGGAGGUUGGUGCAUGUGGGGUAUAAUAAGGGUGGGGGAGUUGGGGCAUGUGGGGUAUAGUAAGGGUGGGAGGUUGGGGCAUGUGGGGUAUAAUAAGGGUGGGAGGUUGGGGCAUGUGGGGUAUAAUAAGGGUUGGGGCAUGUGGGGUAUAAUAAGGGUGGGGAAGUUGGGGCAUAAUAAGGGUGGGAGGUUGGUGCAUGUGGGGUAUAAUAAGGGUGGGAGGUUGGGGCAUGUGGGGUAUAAUAAGGGUGGGGAAGUUGGGGCAUAAUAAGGGUGGGAGGUUGGUGCAUGUGGGGUAUAAUAAGGGUGGGAGGUUGGGCCAUGUGGGGUAUAAUAAGGGUUGGGGCAUGUGGGGUAUAAUAAGGGUGGGAGGUUGGGGCAUGUGGGGUAUAAUAAGGGUGGGGAAGGGGGGAGUUGGGGCAUGUGGGGUAUAAUAAGGGUGGGAGGUUGGGGCAUGUGGGGUAUAAUAAGGGUGGGAGGUUGGGGCAUGUGUGGUAUAGUAAGGGUGGGAGGUUGGGGCAUGUGGGGUAUAAUAAGGGUGGGGAAGGGGGGAGUUGGGGCAUGUGGGGUAUAUUAAGGUUGGGGAAAGGAGCAAGCGCAGCGCUGGUUUCUCAGAACUAGAUUGAAGACUCACUCCAGCUAUAAAAAAAAAAAGCUUUUCCUGUUGAAAAACAAUAUCCCCAGUAUAAAUACAGUAAUGUACACACACUUAAGGGUAAAACAUGUGUUUUGAGCAAAAUAGUGUUUUUUUAGACAUAAGUACAAACUUCAUGGAGUAGGCCAUUCAAAGAGUUGGUGUCUGAUGGUGCCCUCUGAUGUCAUCGGCCUCCCGCCUUGGUUGAGGAACAAUUGAGAACAAAAGAGGAAAGGCCCAUCCCCCCUCCCUCCCCCCCCCCCCCAUUUGUGCAAUGUCAGAGGACACCUGGGCCACCUAUUGAGAUGUGCCUUUUGUUAAGUAAUUCAAGUGAUAAACUGAAAAGGAGACUGGAUGGACUUUGCUCCUGGACUAAAAUGUUCUCUAGAGAGUAGGCUUAAGCUGUCGUUUUUAAAGCAGGGGGGAGGGUGUUGAGAGGAAGGUUAAGUCUGACAGAAGGCCUUGUACGAGUUUAGAAAGAUGACGGGGGUGAGACAGUGGAAGAUAAUCUACAGAUAAACAUGCAGGGAUAGACACAGCCAAAGGUAUUGUGUUAGAGUAUAGAGUAGGGGGAGGGGAGGGGUGAGACCGGGACAUGGAUAGUCACAGGGCUAGACUGAGCCCAAGGACUUGUUUUACGUAAAAUGGAGUUGACAUGAAACCAGAAAUAACACAACACCGCCUGAGACCAACAAACGUAUUAUUAUUAUUAUUAUUAACAAACUGACCUCCCUCUCACACCACCUCCUCCUUCCUCUCUCCGCUUUUAUCCCUUUCUCGCCCUCUUACCCUCCUCCUCAGUCUAUCCCUCACUCUCCUCCCCCUCUAUCCUUGCCUCUGACUCUCUGCUCUCCUCUUGUACCUGUUCUCCUUUCCACCCUAUCUGCCCCUCCCCAAUACCCUGUCUUUAUCCCUCUCGCGCGCUCCUCCUUCAUCCCCUACCCUGUUUCUAAUCGAUCCCUCACAGUAUACUGAAUGAGUGUAUACAUCUGGGUCUGCGUCCCAAAUUGCACCCUAUUCUCUUUAUAGUGCGCUACUUUUGACCGGAGCCCAUAGAGCUCUGGUCAAAAGUAGUGCAGUGUAUAUGGAAUAGGAUGCCAUUUGGGACUCAUUCUGGGUCUCCCAGGCCCAUCCCAGUAUCAGGUCUCUCCACAGUCCUGGAUCACAUCUGACCUCUGCUCAUGAUCCAGUCUGGGGUGAAGAGACGGUGACUGUGCAGAUACUGAUGCCUCAGGUCUGGGGCUCUGGAACCGGGACCAGACAGGUGUCUAUCUGUAAACUCAGCUUUAAGCCCAACUGUAAACUCAGCUUUAAGCCCAACUCUGUACACUUAGGUUUAAGCCCAACUCUGUAAACUCAGUUUUAGGCCCAACCCUGUAAACGUAGCUUUCGGCCCAACCCUGUAAACGUAGGUUUAGGCCCAACCCUGAUCCCCAUCCACACACACCCGUGGAGCUUUUGGCCCAGUGGGCAAAAGGCCCAGUUUCUAGCAUAUUCUACCUAAUACAGUACCUACUAUAAUACUCUAGUCUAGAUGACCUCAGGGGCAGACUCAGGAAAGUUGUGUAGUAAAUGAUCCAUCUUUUAUCUCUCUCUCUCAGUAGAUGACACAGUCCUGGACCAUGUAAGGGAGUUGAAGGAGCAAUCUGCAGUGUUUCUACCGGAGGGAGAGAGCGGAGAGACUGGGAGAGCGAGGGAAGAGGAAGAGGAGGAGGAUACAGGAAUGGGCGUGGGGAAGAAUACCACCGCUAAGUCGAUGGAGGGAGGAGAAGGGGGGAAGUAUGAGGAGGAGAACAAACACAGCGCAGACUUCUACCCCAUUCCGGUACGCUGUGUGUGUGUUCUGUCUGUAUGCAUGCAUCUGUGUGUGUGUGUCUGCUUGCACUGGGGAUUUAGUCAGUUAAAGUGUCAAUCUGCUGUUACUACAUCAAUUUUUUGACUUAUAAAUGAAUGAUAUAUAUACCCAUUGAUUCUUGAAGAAUAUAACUUAUAAAUACCUCAUAAGCCUAGUUCAACUGUCAUACCUCAUCAGAACCCAAAAAUAUAAGCUUAUUUUACUCCAAUGUUUGUAGACAUGGCCUUAAAACAUGCUUAAAACUAUCAUUUUAAUAUCAUGGAUAGUCAGUCCUGGCAUCCAUAGCUCUGUCUAUGAAUUUGAGAGUGGUUACUUUUAUCCAGGCCCAUCCCUCAGCUUUUUACCAAAACAGAGGUGGGGUGCCCACUAUGUUAUUGUUUCAUCCACAGAUUGGCCCUUUAAAGGUCAUCAAGUUGACACACACUGACAGAGGAGUGAUGGUAUAGACGGGGUUAGGCCACCAUACAUAGAGACCUGUCAUUAGGAUCACUUAACACUCGUCAGGGUCACGCGCUGACGAACAUCCACACAUGCACUGCCAGUCUCCAUGUCAUGCCAGUUUUGUUCUGGCCAUUUGCUCUUGGCUGGAACACAGUCCCCUCAUGUAGGUCACACCACAAAUCAACAAAAUGGUUUCCCUAGACACACAAACACACGCAGACAUGAUACUGUCCUGAGGAGCCCAAACACAAAGCCUGUCCAGGUUUUGAGUCCAUCAGAGAUUUACGACUAUAUAUCCUGUUUAUUAUAAGUAUCCCAUUCACAUCCUCCUGUCUGCUGUUACUGAAUGGCUGAAUAGGACAGAGGUGGAUAAAGGGACACAAUGGCUAUCCUCAAUGACCUGUACAGCCAUAGUCUCCCUCCCUUCUGUCUUGUUCGUUCUUUCGUUCUUUCUUUCUUUCUUUCGUUCGUUCUGCAUGACUACCCCAAGGGUGCUAAUUUUGUCAUGUCUAGUUCUGUGAUUUCUGGGCAGCAGGUAGCCUAGCGGUUAGAGCGUUGGGCCAGUAACUGAAAGGUUGCUUGUUCGAAUACCAGAGCCUACAAGGUGAAAAAUCUGUAGAUAGAACAACACAUUUCACUGCACCUAUCCGGUAUAUGUGACAAUAAAACACAUUUUAUAUUAGACAAAGAAAGACUGAUCUUCAGUUCAUUCUAAGGUCUCUCAUCUGAUGACUGCUCUGUCAGCAGUGAUCUUUCCCAACUAGUGAAAGAUGAGCAGUAGGAUAGAAUAUGAUGUGUCCCCAGGAACGGUUCUCUCUCUCUCUCUCUCUCUCUCUCUCUCUCUCUCUCUCUCGCUCUCUCUCUCUCUCUCUCUCUCUCUCUCUCUCUCUCUCACACACUCUCACAAACACACACACACACACACUUGAAUGACGAUAACAUUUGAGUCUGAACAAGAGUAAUUUGUUGUUUUCCAUGCCUGGCAGACGAGAUGCAAAGAUGGAUGAAAGUAUGCAAAGACGCAUCCUCAAAUCAAAUUUAGACACAUGCCACUGUGUGUGUGUGAGACUGAACACUGUCCUUCUAUACAGUGAUCUUCAUCUGUGAUUUGCUAACCAAGCCACAGACGGAGAACACACACCCACAAACAGGACACAACACACACGCACAGUGAUGUCAUGACCUUGGAUCCCUACAGUGUAUGUGUGCAUCAGUGUGAUAAUUAGACCAAUAUAAAAAUAAAUAAAUAAAGUCACAUACACAGGAUAGGUGCAGUGAAAUGUGUUUUUUACAGGGUCAGCCAUAGUAGUAUGGCAGCCCUGGAGGGUUAAGUACCCUGCGACACCUUUUUCUCCACCUCGUCGGCUCGGGUAUUCAACUAAUGAAGGAACUGAUGUACUUAUGGCCCAGUGUUCCCAGAGAUCAUUUCCCAGGCAAAGUGCAAAGCAACACCCAGGCUGUCCUUAUUAUGUCUGUUAGUUGUGUUAACCUUACCCAAUCAGCAUCAAUGUCCUUGCUUUGCUGUGCUUUCCUUGAAAUAUACUCCCUGUUACAGAUACACACUUGUCAGUGUAUGUUAGUUGUGCUACUUUGUAUAAUGCAGUGUGUGAAAUGUUUGUAAAAUACUAGGGUGACGUUUUUGCGGUGCAAAAAAGUGUCACUGUUGUCAAAACACUCUAUCACUGCAAAGGCACAGCGCAUCAGCCUAACACUUUGGAAGUUUGGAAUUUCUCUACCUCUACCCCUACAUUGACUUUAUAAAGUUACAUUUCUGAAAUAAAUGCUGUUACAAUAAUACAGUGAUAAUGGCAUAUGGGUCCUUGGUACUCCAAUUGUUUCAUAGUUAGUUAACCCAGAUCAAGGAUUGACAUGUGUCUGUCUAUGUCUGUCUGUGUAUGUACUGUAGAGGAGGUGGUUAAAGUAUUUUACAUUUACAUUUUUUAGUCAUUUAGCAGACAUUCUUAUCCAGAGCGACUUACAGUUAAUGAGUGCAUACAUUUUUUAUAUAUUUUUAUAUAUUUAGUAUUGACAUGCAUCUGUCUGUGUAGGUGGAUGAAGUAUUGACAUGCAUCUGUCUGUGUAUCUAGUGUAGGUGGAUAAGGUAUUGACAUGCAUCUGUCUGUGUAUCUAGUGUAGGUGGAUAAGGUAUUGACAUGCAUCUGUCUGUGUAUCUAGUGUAGGUGGAUAAGGUAUUGACAUGCAUCUGUCUGUGUAUCUAGUGUAGGUGGAUAAGGUAUUGACAUGCAUCUGUCUGUGUAUCUAGUGUAGGUGGAUAAGGUAUUGACAUGCAUCUGUCUGUGUAUCUAGUGUAGGUGGAUAAGGUAUUGACAUGCAUCUGUCUGUGUAUCUAGUGUAGGUGGAUAAGGUAUUGACAUGCAUGUACUGUACUGUAGGUGGUGGUGAACGGAGUGGAACAGGCCGCUGGAGAGCAGGACACUGAAAACACUGAGCUGAUGGCCAUCUACACUAAAGAGAACCAGGAAGGAGAGAAGGUACGAGACACACAGACACACACACACGCAUAGUUUAAACUCCUAACUCUCCCUUCUCCUCUCACACCACCUCACUCCCCCUGUCCCUCCCACUGUCCCACCCCCUGUCUCUCCACCUAUCCCACACCCUGUCCCUCCCCCUAUCCCUCCACUACAUCCUUUGUUUAUCUCUGCUCUUUUGAUCGUCCCCUCUUCUCUCUGUCACUGUGACUCUGCACUUUUCCCGUUGUGUGAGAACAAGAGAAAGGGAGAGAAAGAGACAGUCACAGAGGCAAGAGGAAUUUCUUGUCGGUGUCUGCUUGAAUCUCUCCCUUUUUUCUCUCUCUCCCUUUCUGAAUCUCUCCCUUUUUGUUUCUUUAUGACUAAACUCUCUUGCUGAAUCAUUCAGCCUUUCCCUCUUCAAUUAUGAAUAUUCUACUCAUCUCCUCCCCCUCUGUCUUUGUCUGGUUAUGCUGCUGUGACAUCAUCAGCCUGUGACUGUGACUGUUCUCUCUAGUCUGUCUGUUGCACCCUAUUUCCUAUAUCAGGGGUCUCCAACAGUUCGAUCGUGAGCUACCAGUAGCUCGCAUCCCACCUCUGAGUAGCUCGCCAAACAAUUCUGAAAGUACAUGCAGUUUACACGUGUUCCACCGCAAACAGUCAUAAACAAAUCUCACAAGUAUCAGACACCAGGAAGCUCCUAGCUACUAUCUAUUCAACGCAACAUUUUCAUUAUCCCACCCCUGGUUAGCCACUAUUGGCUUAAAAAGCCAAACCUAACACAAUAUCUGCCAAUUAACUUCCAGCAAUAUUGGCCCUGUCUGUCUUUGGGGCAUGCGCUCAUUUGUUUAUCACUCCGUGUGUAGCCAGUUGAUGUGAUAACCAUCUUGUGGGUUGACAGAAAUAUUUCCCCCAAAACCUUUUCAAUUAAAUGUUAACUGCAAAGUAGGCUUACCUGGCAGAAGUACACUACCAGUCAAAAGUUUGGACACACUUACUCAUUCAAGGGUUUUUCUUUAUUUUUACAAUUUUUUACAUGUAGAAUAAUAGUGAAGACAUCAAAACUAUGAAAUAACACAUAUGGAAUAAUGUAGUAACCAAAAAAGUGUUAAACAAAUCAAAAUAUAUGUUAUAUUUGAGAUUCUUCAAAUAGCCACCCUUUGCCUUGAUGACAGCGUUGCACACUCUUGGGAUUCUCUCAACCAGUUUCACCUGGAAUGCCUUUCCAACAGUCUUCCCACAUAUGCUGAGCACUUGUUGGCUUCUUUUCCUUCACUCUGCGGUCUGAAUCAUCCCAAACCAUCUCAAUUGUGUUGAGGCCAGGUCAUCUGAUGCAGCACUCCACUCUCCUUCUUGGUAAAAUAGCCCUUAUACAGCCUGGAGGUGUGUUGGGUCAUUGUCCUGUUGAAAAACAAAUGAUAGUCCCACUAAGCCGAAACCAGAUGGGAUGGCGUAUCGCUGCAGAAUGCUGUGGUAGCCAUGCUGGUUAAGUGUGCCUUGAAUUCUAAAUAAAUCACUGACAGUGUCAGCAGCAUAGCACCCCCACACCAGAACACCUCCUCCUUCAUGCUUUACGGUGGGAACUACACAUGCGGAGAUCAUCUGCUCACCCAUACCGCGUCUCACAAAGAUACGGCGGUUGGAACCAAAAAUCUCAAAUUUGGACUCCAGACCAAAGGACACAUUUCCACUGGUCUAAUGUCCAUUGCUCGUGUUUCUUGGCCCAAGCAAGUCUCUUCUUCUUAUUGGUGUCCUUUAGUAGUGGUUUCUUUGCAGCAAUUUGACCAUGGAGGCCUGAUUCACACAGUCUCUUCUGAACAGUUGAUGUUGAGAUGUGUCUGUUACUUGAACUCCCUGAAGCAUUUGUUUGGGCUGCAAUUUCUGAGGCUGGUAACUCUAAUGAACUUAUCCUCUGCAGCAGAGGUAACUCUGGGUCUUCCAUUCCUGUGGCGGUCCUCAUGAGAGUCAGUUUCAUCAUAGCGCUUGAUGGUUUUUGCGACUGCACUUGAAGAAACUUUCAAAGUUCUUGAAAUGUUCCGUAUUGACUGACCUUCAUGUCUUAAAGUAAUGAUGAACUGUCGUUUCUCUUUGCUUAUUUGAGCUGUUCUUACCAUAAUAUGGACUUGGUCUUUUACCAAAUAGGGCUAUCUUCUGUAUACCCCCUACCAUGUCACAACACAACUGAUUAGCUCAAACGCGUUAAGAAGGAAAUACAUUCCACAAAAUAACUUUUAAGGAGGCACACCUGUUAAUUUAAAUGCAUUCCAGGUAACUAUCUCAUGAAGCUGGUUGAGAGAAUGCCAAGAGUGUGCAAAGCUGUCAUCAAGGCAGAGGGUGGCUAUUUGAAGAAUCUCAAAUAUAAAAUAUAUUUUGAUUUGUUUAACACUUUUUGGGUUACUACAUGAUUCCAUAUGUGUUAUUUGAUAGUUUUGAUGUCUUCACUAUUAUUCUACAAUGUAGAAAAUAGUUUUAAAAAAUAAAGAAAAACCCUUGAAUGAGUAGGUGUGUCCAAACUUUUGACUGGUUCUGUAUAUCAUUUGUAUCUAUUAUUUGUUGUUUGCUAACCUUGCCAUGAAAUGAGCAGCAGCAGUACAGAUCCAUCGCUAGACCGGCACAUUAGAUGACACAUUCCUCACUCUCUAGAUGCUCAAUUAAAGGGCCAGAUGCGCAAUUAAAGGGGAAUUACAUUCCCCAAAAAAUAUUUCUUCGUUUUCAACCAGACCAAUAAUGUUUUGUCUUCUGAUGUGAUUUAAGCAUUAACAUGGACUCAGAACAUCCAAUUUCGUUGUUUCUCUAUUGAUAAUUGUAAUUUUAAGAGUGAAAAAUAAAACUCAGAACAUAAUUUGGGAAAAUACAAAACAGAAUUUGGGGGGGGGGGGGGGGGGAAUCACAGAUUUUAUAGGGCCCCCCUUAGUUGUUUAUUAACCAUUAUUUUACCAGGUAUAUUUACAGAACUUUCUCAUGUACACUAAGGACCCGGGUAAGAGUUGCAGGGGACAGGAGAAGAGAAGAAUGUACCUAAUUUGAAAGCUAUAAAAAAAAAAAUUCCUCCCGACAUGUUACAUUUUUUAAAGGUAGCUCUCAUGCUAGAAAUGGUUGGAGACCCCUGCCGUAUAUAGUGCACUACUUUUGACCAGAGCCCUAUGGGUGUGGUUGGCUUCAGGUUUUGACCUCUCUAAGGCACACACACACUCACAUAGAUUACUACCUGUAGGCUUAAAUACACUUAAGCUGUGUUCGAAUACCCAUACUAACAUACUGUAUACUACAUACUUAAUGAGUAUAUACUAUUAGUUCAUUUUAGUAUACUGUAAACGAACGGUGUCCUUUCAGUUGAGUGUACUAGCGCUUCGCCUGUCUACCGGAAGUUGAUGCUGUUGCUAUGCAACUUCUUGUUAGUAUAACAAAUUACUAGUUAAACAUCUUACGACUUCAUUAACAAUGUCCAUUAAGAACGCACAACGACUAUACCACUUAGCUAAGCUAAGAAUGACGUGAAUAAUCAAGUCAAUAGGUUGCAUUCGUAAAUUCAUUCUGGCGAUCUACUCUGAUUUCAGAGCACUCUCUACUGUGUGCCAGAGCGCAGAAUAACUGACACAUUUAUGAACGCUCAACACCCGUUGAAUAUGGCCGGUGUCAGUAAACAUCGGCAAAAAAAAGUUAUUAAAUUGUUGCCAGCAGCACAGUUGCAGUCACCAAUGCUCUAGAUAACAUGAAAACAGCCUAACCAGCUCUGCUAGGGCGAGUAAAAUGGUCAGUGAGGUGUUCUCUCAUUUGUGUCUGGAAGUAGAUAGCCAACGUUAACCAGUUAGCUUGGGUGCUUGACUGCCGUUGUGAGGUCAGAACGCUCAACCCUACUCCUCGGCCAGAGCGUCCAGUCUGCGCUCUGAACGCUACAAGAGUGAAAUGCAAUUUACGAACACACAGUUGGGUAGUUAGCAUAUAGUUAAUAUACUGACAAGUUCAAUGUACUAGUAGCCAACUAACAGUAGGUAGCUAGCUAACAUACCGGUACAUAGUGAUGUAAUUUACUUCAAUUUACUUCACAAAUAGUAUGGUUAGUGCGGUUAGUAUGAGUAUUCGAACACAGCUAAUGUCUAAUACUUAGACUUAGGUCUUAAAACCCUUUGGUCCAGAGAUUGUAUACCCUGUGGUGUGCGGGUGUACAGUAGGCCUACAUCUAUAGAACUCUGUGUGUAGAGUUCCAUGUCGGAGACGUUGGACAGUGCAGACAGUAUGGACGCCAGGAGAAUGGACAUGAUCUACACCAUCGAAGACACACCUCCCUGGUACCUGUGUAUAUUCCUGGGCUUACAGGUGAGACACACACACACACACACACACACACACACACACACACACACACACACAGCUCUGGUACCUCUGUUGUUUUGCAAGUACCAGAUAAGCAUGUGUUAUGUGUUUGACUGACUGAAAUAUGUAUAAAUGUUAUCUGAAUAAUGUGGCUUCCUCCUUGUCUCCUCUCCUUCAUCUGCACUGAUAUGAAAUAAUUUAUCAGUGCUGAUGAACAAGGAGAGGAAGCCACUUACAGUGGCUUGUGAAAGUAUUCACCCCCCUUGGCAUUUUUCCUAUUUUGUUGCCUUACAACCUGGAAUUAAAAUGGAUUUUUGGGGGGUUUGUAUAAUUUGAUUUACACAAUAUGCCUACCACUUUGAAGAUGCAAAAUAUGUUUUAUUGUGAAACAAACAAGAAAUAAGACAAAAAAAACAGAACUUGAGCGUGCAUAACUAUUCACCCCCCCCCAAAGUCAGUACUUUGUAGAGCCACCUUUUGCAGCUGCAAGUCUCUUGGGGUAUGUCUCUAUAAGCUUGGCACAUCUAGCCACUGGGAUUUUUGCCCAUUCUUCAAGGCAAAACUGCUCCAGCUCCUUCAAGUUGGAUGGCUUCCGCUGGUGUACAGCAAUCUUUAAGUCAUACCACAGAUUCUCAAUUGGAUUGAGGUCUGGGCUUUGACUAGGCCAUUCCAAGACAUUUAAAUGUUUCCCCUUAAACCACUCAAGUGUUGCUUUAGCAGUAUGCUUAGGGUCAUUGGGCCUCAUUCACCAACCGUUCUUACAAGGUAAUGUGUUCUUAAACCCCACUUACGCACUUUUUACGAAGAUUCUGACAUUCACUAAUGUUUUCUCAUUUUGGAUUUGUUCUUAGCUAAGAACAAAAUCCACGCACACUCAAGAGCAUUCUUACGCACAUUUGUGUGAUGACAGUUUGCUCCAAAUAAUUGGUUACUGCAUUUCAUUUAAUUCUACAGUCAUUUACAAUGAUAGUAUUUUACUGUAAUGUAUUUCUGAUCAUCUGUCGAAAAAAAAGCAUAGUAUGUAAAGAAACACUAACACUGCAAUUUACAUCAGCAAUUAAGCUGAUUAAAUCCUGCAUUAUGUGGUGAUUGAUCACGCUAUUUAUAGGACCAAACUGGGCCUGUUUCUGCACAUCAGGCAUGCUAUCAAAAUGGCACAUCUAUUGCUGCUUGACGACAUUGCCGAGCGUGCUCUGAGAAGGGAACGCAUCUUUGAGGAUCACGUUGAUUUAUUUGCAGAGACUGACGAGUACUUGAUCGGACGGUUUAGGCUUCCAAGACCCGUUUUAAUGGAGCUGUGUGAUACUUUGGAGCAAGCGCUGCGAAGCCAUACCCAACGGUCCAAUCCCGUACCACCUCAUGUGCAGGUACUCUCCACCUUGGGAUUUUUAGCCACUGGGACAUUUCAGCGGGAGUUAGCAGACCGGGUGGCAUCCAUCAGCCGCGCUCUCCCACGAGUUGUGGAUGGAAUAAAUCAACUGGCCACACAAUAUAUUUUCUUCCCCUACACAGCCCAACAACAGCUGCCGGUCAAGAGAGGGUUCUACUCUAUUGCGGGUCUGCACAACGUAAUCGGGGCAAUAGACUGCACUCACGUGCGCAUUAAGGCAUCCUCACCAGACCCAUUCCCAUACCUCAACCGCAAGCAAUAUCACUCAAUCAAUGUACAAGUCAUCUGCGACUCCGACAACCAUCUCUUGAACGUGGUCUCCCGCUUCCCAGGAGGUGCACAUGACGCUUAUAUUUUGCAGAACAGUUCUGUGUGAAUGCGCCUGGAACAAGGAGCUGCUGGAGACGCAUGGCUCAUUGGCAAGCAUCGUUCAGUCAUUUCAAAUUCCAAUUGUUGGUUUCAAAAAGUGGGUUUCUUCAUUAAUGACUUGUUUCAUUAGGAGAUCGGGGGUAUGCCCUUGCGCCCUGGCUAAUGACGCCACUAACAAACCCUCAGACGCACCAAGAGGCCUCUUAUAACCAGAGGCAGGCACACACCCGCUCCACCAUUGAGCGAACCACUGGUAUUCUGAAGUGACGCUGGAUGUGUUUGGACACAGCAGGUGGUAAGCUGCUUUACAAGCCAGAGAAGGUGAGUAGGACUACUUGUUUUAUUCAGGUUUGAAAAAUGGAGAACAUGUUGUAGAAUAAUCUAAUUCCAACAAUUCAUUUUAUUUAGUUUUUCUAGCUUUUGAUCAUCUUUACACCGUUUUUAGGUUUGCAGAAUAAUCAUGGCCUGUUGUGUUACACAACAUCGCUAUGAAGCGUGGUGUUCCACUUCCACUUCAGCCACCACACCAGGAUGUGCGUCCUGACCCAUUGCUGGGACCAGACAACCGACUUGGCGUGGAAGUCAGACAACAAAUCAUUUCUCGAUUUUGAUUUGUUUUGUCCUUUAAAUACCACAAAUUAAACACAUGAAAUGACACAGGUUUCAGUGCGCGUUCUUUAUAUUUUUUAAUGUGUGUUUGUCUUUGAGUGUUUCUGAUAUUGUGGCCAGAGUAGUAGCGAUUUCACAGAAACUUUGCGCAAUCCGCUCCUGGUUAUCCAAGACCGCAUCGGAGAUGACACGUGCAGUUGGACGGGACCUGGGGGCACGUACAGAGGCAGGCCUACUGCAGGAAGGCCGAAUGGUGUCAGGUUCCUCUUCACUUAGGGGUUGCCUGGAUUGGAGAUCUGUAAAUAACAAAAGCGAUACUGAAAGUAAAACAGUCACAGCGCACUGAUUUUUUAUUUUUUAUUUUUAUGUUUCAGUUUGUUCAAUAUAGGCCUACUGCAAAAGCAAUAGGAUUUCAAACUGAAUAAACUAGGAAUUCAGGUGAGGACUCAUUCACAGUCACAUAGGCCCACAUUUGGUUUGACAAACUGGUGUAAAAUUCCUUUCCAAUGGUUUCACUGUUGCUUUCAGUUAAAUGAUGGCAUGAAAUUGUAUAAAUUCAGAAAGACUUGCUUACCGUCUGAUUCACUGGUGGGAGAUGGCCUUGGAGGAUAUGAAGCUGUUGAUAUAGGGCCCUGGUCAGUGUCCAGUUGCUCCGCUGAUGGCACACCUGAGAGUGCCGUCUCACCAAUAAUGGCCCUGAUGCGCUGGUCAAUCUCAGAUAACUCAGGGCCUGCAUGCCCCCCUCCAGUGGUCAGCAUAUGUUUGGCAAUGGAUUUUUUGGUCUCUGAUUUUAAGUCAAACCAUUUCUUUUUUACAUCUUCAAUUGAGCGACAUUGUCCAGAAACAGAGUUCACGGAAUCCGUGAUCUCCUUCCAUUCCUCAGUUUUGUUGGUGGCUUUAAAACCACUGGAAACACUACUAAAUAUUAUGCCUCGUUUGGCAUUUACCUGUUGCAGUAGAAUUUCUAUUUCAGAAUUACUGAAGUUCCUUUUUCGUUUGGUGAUCGGUGGACCACCACCGUUAGUGUGUUUUUUGGACAUUCUCCAACUUUUCUUGCACACGGCCCUGAAGUGUCAUGUCCUUAUAUGGGAAUUUGCAGGGCGUUUUCUUAUGCUAAUUAGGAACAACUGGCACACACUUUCAAUUACGAAUACGUGGGAUUCAUCAAUCCUAAGAACACAGGUGCGAACAAUUCUGUUGUUUAAGAACAUGUCAUGAAUCCGACGUAAACUUUUCUUAGGGAGUUUAUUAAGAACAAAGUUUAGAAAAUUCUUAGGUAGAUAUUGGUGAAUGAGGCCCAUUGUCCUACUGGAAGCUGAACCUCCAUCCCAGUCUCUAAUCUCUGGAAGACUGAAACAGGUUUCCCUCAAGAAUUUCCCUGUAUUUAACGCCAUCCAUCAUUCCUUCAAUUCUGACCAGUUUCCCAGUCCCUGCCUAUGAAAAACAUCCCCACAGCAUGAUACUGUGCUGCCACCACCAUGCUUUACUGUGGGGAUGGUGUUCUCGGGGUGAUGAGAGGUGUUGGGUUUGCGCCAGACAUAGCGUUUUCCUUGAUGGCCAAAAAGCUAAAUUUUUGUCUCAUCUGACCAGAGUACCUUGUUCCAUAUGUUUGGGGAGUCUCCCACAUGGCUUUUGGCGAACACCAAACGUGUUUGCUUUUUUUUUUCUUUAAGCAAUGGCUUUUUUCUGGCCACUCUUCCAUAAAGCCCAGCUCUGUGGAGUGUACGGCUUAAAGUGGUACUAUGGACACAUACUCCAAUCUCCGCUGUGGAGCUUUGCAGCUCCUUCAGGGUUAUCUUUGGUCUCUUUGUUGCCUCUCUGAUUAAUGCCCUCCUUGCCUGGUCCGUGAGUUUUGGUGGGCGGCUCUCUCUUGGCAGGUUUGUUGUGGUGCCAUAUUCUUUACAUUUUUUAAAUAAUGGAUUUAAUGGUGCUCUGUGGGAUGUUCAAAGUUUCUGAUUUUUUUUAUAACCCAACCCUGAUCUGUACUUCUCCACAACUUUGUCCCUGACCUGUUUGGAGAGCUCCUUGGUCUUCAUGGUGCUGCUUGCUUGGUGGUGCCCCUUGCUUAGUGGUGUUGCAGACUCUGGGACCUUUCAGAACAGGUGUAUAUAUACUGAGAUCAUGUGACAGAUCAUGUGACACUUAGAUUGCACACAGGUGGACUUUAUUUAACUAAUUAUGUGACUUCUGAAGGUAAUUGGUUGCACCAUAUCUUAUUUAGGGGCUUCAUAGCAAAGGGGGUGAAUACAUAUAUGCACGCACCACUUUUCCGUUAUUUAUUUUUUAAGAGUUUUUUUAAACAAGUUAUUUUUUAUUUUUUUUCACCAAUUUGGACUAUUUUGUGUAUGUCCAUUACAUGAAAUCAAAAUCAAAAUUAAUUUAAAUUACAGGUUGUAAUGCAACAAAAUAGGAAAAACGCCAAGGGGGAUGAAUACUUUUGCAAGGCACUGUAAGUUCAGACUGUAAAAAUGUAGCAAAGCCCAGGCCAAAAAAAUGCCAUCUCACCGCUUAUUUUUGUCUCUUCCUGUUCUAUAACCCGUAUGAUGUAACAUAGUCUACCCACUCCUGAUGUAACUAAGCCCCUCCCCUUUAUACUCAUGCUUAUGAAACAUACUGUUAUGGAAGUUGAUGCUCUGCUUCACUGUCGCAUGCAAACACACACACGCACACAUACACACAUGGACACAAUUACCUCAAUCAAUAUUUAUAACCUCAAUAAAUAUUUACACAAUAGUCCUGUCUAUUUACAUUAACACAUGCACACUGUAAAAGGCCAUCACACACACAGUGACACACACACACACACACACUUUCUCAUUCUAACCCUCUCUCUUCUCUCACCUCUCUCUCCAGCACUAUCUGACGUGUUUCAGUGGUACCAUCGCAGUGCCGUUCCUGCUAGCUGAAGCCAUGUGUGUAGGAUUUGACCAGUGGGCCACCAGUCAGCUCAUAGGAACGAUCUUCUUCUGUGUGGGAAUUACCACCCUGCUACAGACUACACUGGGCUGCAGGUACACACACACACACACACACACGCGCGCAUGCAUGCAUGCAUGCAUGCAUGCAUGCAUGCAUGCAUGCAUGCAUACAUACAUACAUACAUACAUACAUACAUACAUACAUACAUACAUACAUACAUACAUACAUACAUACAUACAUACAUACAUACAUACAUACAUACAUACAUACAUACAUACAUACAUACAUACAUACAUACAUACAUACAUACAUACAUACAUAUAUACACAUACACACAUACAUAGAUACACAUACAUACAGUGGGGGAAAAAAGUAUUUAGUCAGCCACCAAUUGUGCAAGUUCUCCCACUUAAAAAGAUGAGAGAGGCCUGUAAUUUUCAUCAUAGGUACAUGUCAACUAUGACAGACAAAAUGAGAUUUUUUUUCUCCAGAAAAUCACAUUGUAGGAUUUUUAAUGAAUUUAUUUGCAAAUUAUGGUGGAAAAUAAGUAUUUGGUCAAUAACAAAAGUUUCUCAAUACUUUGUUAUAUACCCUUUGUUGGCAAUGACACAGGUCAAACGUUUUCUGUAAGUCUUCACAAGGUUUUCACACACUGUUGCUGGUAUUUUGGCCCAUUCCUCCAUGCAGAUCUCCUCUAGAGCAGUGAUGUUUUGGGGCUGUCGCUGGGCAACACGGACUUUCAACUCCCUCCAAAGAUUUUCUAUGGGGUUGAGAUCUGGAGACUGGCUAGGCCACUCCAGGACCUUGAAAUGCUUCUUACGAAGCCACUCCUUCGUUGCCCAGGCGGUGUGUUUGGGAUCAUUGUCAUGCUGAAAAACCCAGCCACGUUUAAUCUUCAAUGCCCUUGCUGAUGGAAGGAGGUUUUCACUCAAAAUCUCACGAUACAUGGCCCCAUUCAUUCUUUCCUUUACACGGAUCAGUCGUCCUGGUCCCUUUGCAGAAAAACAGCCCCAAAGCAUGAUGUUUCCACCCCCAUGCUUCACGGUAGGUAUGGUGUUAUGAUGAAAAUUACAGGCCUCUCUCAUCUUUUUAAGUGGGAGAACUUGCACAACUGGUGGCUGACUAAAUACUUAUUUUCCCCACUGUACAUACAUGCAUACAUACAUACACACACACACAGGCACCUGGGGAAACUGAAGGCAAGUGUUUUGGCUAUUUUUUCCCCUUGUUUGGUUUCAACAGUAAACCAGACUGUGGGAGAAGACAUCCAUUGCGUCACAUUCUACACAGUGUGGUUAGGGUUAAGGAGAGUGUUAUGGAAUACAUUUACAUUUACGUCAUUUAGCAGACGCUCUUAUCCAGAGCGACUUACAGUUAGUGCAUACAUUAUUCUUUUUUAUUUUCAUACUGGCCCCCCGUGGGAAUCGAACCCACAACCCUGGCGUUGCAAACGCCAUGCUCUACCAACUGAGCUACCUCCCUAUAUAGGGUAGGUAUGUUGGUGUUAGGAGCAUAAUUAUACACUAUGCUACACUCCUACACUCCAUCCCCCGGGUGGCAGGCAGAAGCAACCAGGUCUAGGCGCUGAACCAAGCCUUGAUAAAGCCAUCAGCAAACAAGCACUCCGUUUUAUUUUCCUCUUCUCUCUAAUUUUUCUCUCUCUCCUCUACCUCUCACUCUACAGGAAACUCUUUCCCUCUCCUUUUCUCUAAUUUUUUUACUUUAUUAAUAACUUUUUUCUUUAUUAAUGUAUUUCUCUCUCUCAUUGUGGUUAGAGGUUAACAUUUUACUCAGUGAGUUAGUGUGACCUGAGAUGCCCUUCUGUUCUCUCUCUCUCUCGCUCUCUCUCUCUCCUCUCUCUCUCUCCUCUCUCUCUCUCUCCUCUCUCCUCUCUUCUCUUUCUCUCUAGAGCCUAACCAUCAUACCUUUCCCUGAACGUCACAGCCUUCUCCUCAUAUCUCUCUCUAUCUACUCGCUCUCGGUAUCUCAUCGUAGCUAUAUCUAUCUAUUCUCUCUCCUUCUCUCUAGAAAUAUGAUAUCCUUUAGAAAUGCCACAGCCAUGUUUCAUAUUUGUUGCCAUGGUUAUCGCUACCACACGUGAAUGUGUUGCUAGAUGCCAUGCCACGUCAUGGUAGUCUGUCUGUUGUUUGUAAUUGUGUUUGUGCAGUCUGCCUGUCUCAGUCUCAUGGCCCAGAUAAAGCAGCAUUGACGGGAAAUCACUGCACACACACACUGGACACACACACACAUGCAGAAAGUACUCUACUAGUCUCAUGGCCUUGAAUGAUUCCUGUCUGAAAGGAGAGAACGAAGCGGUAUUUUACAUUUUUAGCCGUUAGUGUUUUGUCUAACAGUCAGGUACAGCCUUGAGAAGAACUGCACACACACUCACAUUCGCCCACUCGCACUCACCCACACACGCACACGCACAUACCAGCGGUAUGGCAGACCUGUGUUUGCCUGGCAUACACACAACACACACUCCUCUCAGUUCAGGGAGAAACCAGGCAUUCUGCCACAUAGGACUAUUGUGAAAAAUGAGUUGAUGUAAUUUUAGCUGUGGUCAAUUCUCCUGUCUUUAGUCCUGCAAUUAGGACUGGUCACACAGAGAAGCAAGCACACACAGAGGACUAGACUAUACAUAGCACUCACACAGAUGGUAAGAUCAUGCACCAGUCACAGUUGAUGCUGUUUUUCUGUGUGCCCUGUAGUAAACCUGAGAACUCAAAGAAGCAUUUGAGAAGUUGUUAGUGAGAUGAUCUGUUCUCUGCUCUAUCGUGUCUCUCUCACAACACACACACACCGGCUGCUUGCCAACUCAUCCAACGUCAAUAUGACGUCCAUCUUUUCACUAAUGACCAUCAUCUCUGUGUCACAAAUCACAGCUAUCUGUGUCACCCUGGCAACGAAUAAGGUGGGAGUGGAGGGAGAGAUGGAUGAAAGGAGCACUGAGGUAGAGGGCUGGAGAUGAGGGAGAUAUGGAUGAGAGGAGCACUGAGGUAGAGGGCUGGAGAUGAGGGAGAUAUGGAUGAGAGGAGCACUGAGGUAGAGGGCUGUAGAUUUGGACUGAGGCUUAAGGGGAGGGUGGGGCGUGGGCAGAUGGAGAGAGAGAGAUGGAAGGAGGAAGGGAUGUAUAGAGGAAGAACAAAAUGAAUGGAUGGAAAGAGGAAUAGGGAAAUGGAGAGAGGAGAGGAGUGCUAGUGGCUGUGUUUGAUGUGUCAUGGUGCCAAGUGAGGUCAGAUCAGUAAGGUCAGAUCACAAACACUCUGUUCUAGGAAAGGUGAUGUGUGUGUUUACGUGUCAGUGUGUGCACAGCUGAUGUCACCUGUGGACAACAUGUGACCCUCUGAGGUAGAUGAGUGCUGCUGGGUAAAUUGGCGUCUGUGCGUUUGUCACGAUCUCUCGCUCUCUCACUCCCCCCCCCCCCCCCCCCCCCCCCCCCACACACACACACACACGUCAGCCUUUAAAGGUGCGUAGGGUGUUUGCCUUUCACGCCAUCGACCAGGGAUCGCUUCCCUGCCGCACCGUUAGCUACAUUAGUGUCAGAACUGAGAUAGCGGCUGUGAGGCCAUCGGAACACAUGGCCCGGAUGUGUGAGGGGGCAGUGUAGUGAUCCUCGCUAUAUGAGCCACGUUACAAUUCACACCAAGUGGGUUAACCCUAUUGGCGCGAUGCGUAGGGUGUUUGCCUUUUACGCCAGUGACCUGGGUCCGCUUUCCUGCCCCGCCGUUCGCCGCAAUACAUUGAUCUAUUUAAUCUGGUUGGUCAUUCGAGUUAAUGAUGGUGUGUCACUGCACACUGACCAGCAUUCAAAUCAAUGGCAAUUAUCAGCCAGCACCUGCUCCAUUCGAACAGCGCAGCUCUGUCAGUGUCCAUGCUGUUACUGUUACCUAACCAGGGUAGACCCUGCUGCUCAGUGUUCACUAGUGAGACCUAGUGGACAGACAGGAGAACUGUUGCUUUACAGCUAUAAAGGCCACAUAUCACUGGCAAAAUCAUCACAUAACCAUCAUGCCAGCUGUUGGCACACUAUGAUUACUGACUUUACCCUUUUACAACUGUUAUACAACUGACUGACACUAACAAUGUUUCCAUCAACUGAUUGGAUCGAUUUAGUGAUUGCAGUCCAAUGAAACAAAUAUCUAAAUAUGUAAAUUCGCUUAACCCAGUCGUUAAGUAUUUUUGUUCUGUAUCUAUGGACGUGACCCAGUUGUUUGUUCUAAAUGUUCCAUUGCCAUACUGGCUGGCAACGUUCUUAUCCCUUGCUUGCUAGCUAGCCAACUACGGCUAACUUAUAGUCACGUCAAACAGUGCAGCCAGAAUAACAGCAAAGUAGCUGCAUUUGCAUUUGUUUAAGAUGUUUUCUAGCGACAUUUAUUUGGAUACAUUCAUAAGAAUGAGCUAAUGAUGCUCGAUUUCACCUGGCAUAGAAAAUGUGCGCUCUUGUCAGGACACUGUUGUUCAGAGGAGCUAGCCAACAAGACAGCUAACACAAUCACUUCAAACUGAAGCUGGGAAGAUUGCAAACUAGCUGCAUUUCGUUUAGUUUUACCUGUUUUCUAUUAACAUUUAUUUGUAUAUGUCCAUAAAAAUAAUGCUGAUUCAUGAUUUUUGACUGGCUGAGAAAAGCUGCCUGCCUGUCUGUCUCGUCCCGACUCCUGACCCCUACACUUUCAUUACUAUGGGACAGCUGGAGAUAGAAUUUCAAUAUGUCAGAGAGACAGACCGAACGUUUUAUACAAAUCACUGCUAUUGAAAACCAAUUGCUAGUCUGAAAGAAAUAGGAGAUGAUGUCUAGAUGCUUUUUACAGUGGAGAUCAAGUUUAUAAAUUGUCUGGCUGGGCUGAUGAGACAGUGGAUUGAGCAGUGAGAUGGAACAGAGUAAAUAGGCAUUUUAACGUCAUAGCUUUAGCCGGUGGUAAAUUGUGGAAUAGACACCGGCUGGAAUGAGGUUUUAACCAAUCAGCGUCCAGGAUUAGACCCACCCAUUGUAUAAUCAGCGAAUAACAUGCUUAGUGUGUGUAAAAUCAAAUCAAAGUUUAUUAGUCAAAUGCACAGGAUGCAGUGUAAACGGUGCAAUGAAAUGCUUACUAGCGAGCCUCCUCAACAGUGCAGUGUAAAAAUGCAAAAAAAAUAAAACUAGAGCAAUAGUAUGUAAAGGCACGAAUACAAAUCAGUAAAAAGAAACACAAUGUGAUGUAUUGAAGAGAAAUACAGAAUAUACUAUGUCAAGUAACAGUAUAUACAGUGCAAGUGGAGAGUGUAAAGUUACCUACUGAGCAGUGAGGUAGAGUGUAUUGGAGCAAUGUGUGCGUGUGUAUUCUUACUAAUAGAGUGAUUGUGUGUGUUGUUGUUGUUCCAGGCUUCCUCUGUUCCAGGCGAGUGCAUUUGCCUUCCUGGCUCCCGCCAGAGCAAUCCUGUCACUAGACAAGUGGAAGUGCAACGCUACAGGUAAACCCACACCCAAACACACACCCCACAAGUAUCUUCACUAUGACCUGGUCUCACCCUCACUCUCCUGCUCACAUGAGCUGGCAUCAGUAGAGCUGACUGGAACUUCAGCUGGCAUCAGAUUAGGUUUUCAGGUUGGCAUCAGAUUAGGUUUCCAGGUUUAGUGCCAGGGUGUGUUGGUGUCCUGGAAGAACCUUGUAUUUCACUUUUCGGUGAUUUAGAUUUUGUUAAACAUAUACUGAACAAAAAGUAUAAAUGCUACUUGCAACAGUUUCAAAGAUUUUACUGAGUUACAGUUCAUAUAAGGAAAUCAGUCAAUUAAAAUAAAUAAAUUAGGCCCAUAUCUAUGGAUUUCACAUGACUGGGAAUACAGAUAUGCAUCUGUUGGUCACAGAUACCUUAAAAAAAAAAAAAGUCAGUAUCUGGUGUGACCACCAUUUCCCUCAUGCAGCGCAACACAUCUCAUUUGCAUUGAUGCUGAUCAGGCUGUUGAUUGUGGCAUGUGGAAUGUUGUCCCACUCCUCUUCAAUGGCUGUGCGAAGUUGCUGGAUAUUGGCGGGAACUGGAACACACUGUUGAACAGUUCGAUCCAGAGCAUCCCAAACAUGGUGAGUAUGCAGGCCAAGGGAGAACUAGGACAUUUUCAGCUUCCAGGAAUUGCAUACAGAUCUUUGCGACAUGGGGACGUGCAUUAUCAUGCUGAAACAUGAGGUGAUGGCGGCGGAUGAAUGGCACUACAAUGGGCCUCAGGAUCUCGUCACGGUAUCUCUGUGUAUUCAAAUUGCUAUUGAUAAAAUUGAAUUGUGUUCAUUGUCCGUAGCUUAUGCUUGCCCAUACCAUAACCCCAUCGCCACCAUGGGGCACUCUGUUCACAUCAGCAAACAGCUCGCCCACACAAUGCCAUACACGUGGUCUGCGGUUGUGAGGCCGGUUGGACGUACUGCCAAAUUCUCUAACAUUACGUUGGAGGCGGCUUAUGGUAGGCAGAUGAACAUUACAUUUCCUGGCAACAGCUCCGGUGGACAUUCCUGCAGUCAGCAUGCCAAUUGCACACUCCCUCAACUUGAGACAUCUGUGGCAUUGUGUUGUGUGACAAAACUGCACAUUUUAGAGUGGCCUUUUAUUGUCCCCAGCACAAGGUGCACCUGUGUAAUGAUCAUGCUGUUUAAUCAUCUUCUUGAUAUGCCACACCUGUCAGGUAGAUGGAUUAUCUUGUCAAAUGAGAAAUGCUCACAAACAGGGAUGUAAACAAGUUUGUGCACAACAUUUGAGAGAAAUAAGCUUUUUGUGCAUAUGGAUAUUUCUGGGAUCUUUUCUUUCAGCUCAUGAAACAUGGGACCAACACUUUACAUGUUGCGUUUAUAUUUUUGUUCAGUGUAAUUCGAUAGUCGUCAUCCCCCUUCAUGUUCUAAGAACGUUUAAUUACUCUAGAUCUAAUAGAAAUCAUGCAAAAUGCCUUGUGAACCUCCAUGGCAAUUGAUCAGAAAAUAAACCAUGACUUUACGAGAUACAAGGUUUUUACAGGACGCCGACGGGUAACAGGAUGAUAAAUAUGUGUUUAAUCAUCCUUCUCUCUUUUCUUUCUGAUUCUCUGUUUUCUUUUUUCUCCAUCUUUCUCCAUUAUUUCUCUGUCCCUCCAUCAGUGGUUCCUCCCAUGUUCAAUGAAACCGAGCUGUUCAACACUGAACACAUCUGGCAUCCCCGGAUUCGAGAGGUGAGAGAGGGAGGAGGAAUGAAAUGAGAGAUGGGGGGGUGACAUAGGAGAGAGCAGGAGACAUUGAAGAUAUUUUAAAAGUACCCAAACCAUUACCUUGCAUAGUGUACAGAGAGAGGUCUACUCCUGUGUUCUGUGUCAGUGUUGUUCAAAGCCCAUGUUAGCCAUUCGGCACCUCCUAGUCACAGUGAUACCCUCUGGGCCUAGACUAAAACGUAGAGUGGAAAGAGUUCUAAUUGAUGAUGCUUGUUUAGGCCUGUUGCUGGGACUCAGCCUUUAGGCUUGUGCGUUGUGUGUGCGUGGUGCAUGCACGCAUUGUGUGUGUGUGCGUGUGUGCACGGAGAGUGUGACAGAGGCGGUUAACUCACAUUAACCUUUUUAUAAGUCUUGUGUAAGCGGUUUGGUAACCCUGUUUUGACGUGUGUGAGGGGGUAACUCAAUGACGAUGUCACGAUGAAUAGAAUUAGACAUUGAGGGAGAGGGGAGGGGGAGUAGUAAUUUCAUUAAACGGUCAUUCAUUUUACAGACUUGUUCCAGAUGUUGAGAUUGCUCUUAUAAAGGAAAAAUUAAGAUAACUUCCCCUCUGAUCACUUCUCCAAAUGGUGAUAAUAACUGCGUAUACAUUUACAUUUUAGUCAUUUAGCAGACGCUCUUAUCCAGAGCGACUUACAGUUAGUGAGUGCAUACAUUUUUCAUACUGGCCCCCGUGGGAAUCGAACCCACAACCCUGGCGUUGCAAGCGCCAUGCUCUACCAACUGAGCUACAGGGGGGGCUAUUACAUUUAAUUAUGGACAUUGGCACAGAAAUAAAGUACUUUAUUAUGAAAUUACAUGUUACUAAUUGUACUAUUCUCUCUCUCUUUGCCCCCCCCCCCAGAUCCAGGGGGCUAUCAUUGUGUCGUCUCUGAUAGAGGUGUGUAUCGGCUUCCUGGGGCUUCCAGGGCUCCUGUUGAAAUACAUUGGGCCCCUGACCAUCACCCCGACCGUGGCCCUCAUCGGCCUGUCUGGCUUCCAGGCUGCAGGGGAGAGAGCAGGGAAACACUGGGGCAUCGCCAUGCUGUGAGUAGUACACUGUGGUUCUAGGCUGUCCUGACUGACUAGUCCCCUGUACAGUUCCCAGCCCUCUAUAUGUUGUCUUUGUCUUCUUAUGGUGCAAGGCACAUUUCUGUCAAAUCAGACAAUAAAAUGCUAUCUUAUCUUUUCUAUCUUGUGUUACACUAUUAGACUGAUUCCCGCCCCCAGAGGCAUCCUUAACCAAUCAAUUACCGUAACUGCCCAUUAAACAGCCAAUCAGAAAGCAUUCCCAGUCGACACAGCUGCCCUGCAGAAUGGAGGUAGGAACCCUGUGCUGCUCCAGACAGAGAGCUCUGGGUCAUGAGGUUCAGCAGGGCUGUGUCUGCUGGUAACUGUUUGUGUCUGCUAUGUUCAAAUAAAAUAAAAUACAUACGUGUUUAGCAGAUGUUAUAGCGGAUGUUGCGAAAUGCUUGUGCUUCUAGCUCCGACAGUGCAGUAAUAUCUAACAAGUAAUAUUUAACAAUUUCACAACAUUUACCCAAUACACACAAAACUAGUGAGGAAUGGGAUUUAAGAAUAUAUACAUACAGUGGGGAGAACAAGUAUUUGAUACACUGCCGGUUUUGCAGGUUUUCCUACUUACAAAGCAUGUAGAGGUCUGUAAUUUUGAUCAUAGGUACACUUCAACUGUGAGAGACGGAAACUAAAACAAAAAUCCAGAAAAUCACAUUGUAUGAUUUUUAAGUAAUUAAUUUGCAUUUUAUUGCAUGACAUAAGUAUUUGAUACAUCAGAAAAGCAGAACUUAAUAUUUGGUACAGAAACCUUUGUUUGCAAUUACAGAGAUCAUACGUUUCCUGUAGGUCUUGACCAGGUUUGCACACACUGCAGCAGGGAUUUUGGCCCACUCCUCCAUACAGACCUUCUCCAGAUCCUUCAGGUUUCGGGGCUGUCGCUGGGCAAUACGGACUUUCAGCUCCCUCCAAAGAUUUUCUAUUGGGUUCAGGUCUGGAGACUGGCUAGGCCACUCCAGGACCUUGAGAUGCUUCUUACUGAGCCACUCCUUAGUUGCCCUGGCUGUGUGUUUCGGGUCGUUGUCAUGCUGGAAGACCCAGCCACGACCCAUCUUCAAUGCUCUUACUGAGGGAAGGAGGUUGUUGGCCAAGAUCUGGCGAUACAUGGCCCCAUCCAUCCUCCCCUCAAUAAGGUGCAGUCGUCCUGUCCCCUUUGCAGAAAAGCAUCCCCAAAGAAUGAUGUUUCCACCUCCAUGCUUCACGGUUUGGAUGGUGUUCUUGGGGUUGUACUCAUCCUUCUUCUUCCUCCAAACACGGCGAGUGGAGUUUAGACCAAAAAGCUCUAUUUUUGUCUCAUCAGACCACAUGACCUUCUCCCAUUCCUCCUCUGGAUCAUCCAGAUGGUCAUUGGCAAACUUCAGCUGGGCCUGGACAUGCGCUGGCUUGAGCAGGGGGACCUUGCGUGCGCUGCAGGAUUUUAAUCCAUGACGGCGUAGUGUGUUACUAAUGGUUUUCUUUGAGACUGUGGUCCCAGCUCUCUUCAGGUCAUUUGACCAGGUCCUGCCGUGUAGUUCUGGGCUGAUCCCUCACCUUCCUUAUGAUCAUUGAUGCCCCACGAGGUGAGAUCUUGCAUGGAGCCCCAGACCGAGGGUGAUUGACCGUCAUCUUGAACUUCUUCCAUUUUCUAAUAAUUGCGCCAACAGUUGUUGCCUUCUCACCAAGCUGCUUGCCUAUUGUCCUGUAGCCCAUCCCAGCCUUGUGCAGGUCUACAAUUUUAUCCCUGAGAUCCUUACACAGCUUUCUGGUCUUGGCCAUUGUGGAGAGGUUGGAGUCUGUUCGAUUGAGUGUGUGGACAGGUGUCUUUUAUACAGGUAACGAGUUCAAACAGGUGCAGUUAAUACAGGUAAGAAAGAAAAACUAACAGGUCUGUGAGAGCCGGAAUUCUUACUCCUCUGUAGCUCAGCUGGUAGAGCACGGCGCUUGUAACGCCAAGGUAGUGGGUUCGAACCCCGGGACCACCCAUACACAAAAAAAUGUAUGCACGCAUGACUGUAAGUCGCUUUGGAUAAAAGCGUCUGCUAAAUGGCAUAUUAUUAUUAUUAUUAUUAUUAUUAUUACUGGUUGGUAGGUGAUCAAAUACUUAUGUCAUGCAAUAAAAUGCAAAUUAAUUACUUAAAAAUCAUACAAUGUGAUUAUCUGGAUUUUUGUUUUAGAUUCCGUCUCUCACAGUUGAAGUGUACCUAUGAUAAAAAUUAGACCUCUACAUGCUUUGUAAGUAGGAAAACCUGCAAAAUCGGCAGUGUAUCAAAUACUUGUUCUCCCCACUGUAUAUGGACAAGCAAUGACAGAGUGGCCUGGACUAAGAUACAGUAGAAUAUUAUAGAAUAGAAUGCAGUAUACAGUGGGGAAAAAAAGUAUUUAGUCAGCCACCAAUUGUGCAAGUUCUCCCACUUAAAAAGAUGAGAGAGGCCUGUAAUUUUCAUCAUAGGUACACGUCAACUAUGACAGACAAAAUGAGAAAAAAAUAUCCAAAAAAUCACAUUGUAGGAUUUUUAAUGAAUUUAUUUGCAAAUGAUGGUGGAAAAUAAGUAUUUGGUCAAUAACAAAAGUUUCUCAAUACUUUGUUAUAUACCCUUUGUUGGCAAUGACACAGGUCAAACGUUUUCUGUAAGUCUUCACAAGGUUUUCACACACUGUUGCUGGUAUUUUGGCCCAUUCCUCCAUGCAGAUCUCCUCAAGAGCAGUGAUGUUUUGGGGCUGUCGCUGGGCAACACUGACUUUCAACUCCCUCCAAAGAUUUUCUAUGGGGUUGAGAUCUGGAGACUGGCUAGGCCACUCCAGGACCUUGAAAUGCUUCUUACGAAGCCACUCCUUCGUUGCCCGGGCGGUGUGUUUGGGAUCAUUGUCAUGCUGAAAGACCCAGCCACGUUUCAUCUUCAAUGCCCUUGCUGAUGGAAGGAGGUUUUCACUCAAAAUCUCACAAUACAUGGCUCCAUUCAUUCUUUCCUUUACACGGAUCAGUCGUCCUGGUCCCUUUGCAGAAAAACAGCCCCAAAGCAUGAUGUUUCCACCCCCAUGCUUCACAGUAGGUAUGGUGUUCUUUGGAUGCAACUCAGCAUUCUUUGUCCUCCAAACACGACGAGUUGAGUUUUUACCAAAAAGUUCUAUUUUGGUUUCAUCUGACCAUAUGACAUUCUCCCAAUCCUCUUCUGGAUCAUCCAAAUGCACUCUAGCAAACUUCAGACGGGCCUGGACAUGUACUGGCUAAAGCAGGGGGACACGUCUUGCACUGCAGGAAUUGAGUCCCUGGCGGCGUAGUGUGUUACUGAUUGUAGACUUUGUUACUUUGGUCCCAGCUCUCUGCAGGUCAUUCACUAGGUCCCCCCGUGUGGUUCUGGGAUUUUUGCUCACCGUUCUUGUGAUCAUUUUGACCCCACGGGGUGAGAUCUUGCGUGGAGCCCCAGAUCGAGGGAGAUUAUCAGUGGUCUUGUAUGUCUUCCAUUUCCUAAUAAUUGCUCCCACAGUUGAUUUCUUCAAACCAAGCUGCUUACCUAUUGCAGAUUCAGUCUUCCCAGCCUGGUGCAGGUCUACAAUUUUGUUUCUGGUGUCCUUUGACAGCUCUUUGGUCUUGGCCAUAGUGGAGUUUGGAGUGUGACUGUUUGAGGUUGUGGACAGGUGUCUUUUAUACUGAUAACAAGUUCAAACAGGUGCCAUUAAUACAGGUAACGAGUGGAGGACAGAGGAGCCUCUUAAAGAAGUUGUUACAGGUCUGUGAGAGCCAGAAAUCUUGCUUGUUUGUAGGUGACCAAAUACUUAUUUUCCACCAUAAUUUGCAAAUUAAUUAAUUAAAAAUCCUACAAUGUGAUUUUCUGGAUUUUUUUUUUUCCUCAAUUUGUCUGUCAUAGUUGACGUGUACCUAUGAUGAAAAUUACAGACCUCUCUCAUCUUUUUAAGUGGGAGAACUUGCACAAUUGGUGGCUGACUAAAUACUUUUUUUACCCACUGUAUACAUAUGAGAUGAGUAGUGCAAGAUAUGUAAACAUUAUUAAAGUGACUAGUGUUCCAUUUCUUAAAGUGGCCAGUGAUUUCAAUAGGCAGCAGCAGCAGCCUCUAAUGUGCUAGUUAUUCAUUCAUUUAUUUUAUUGUGUCUCUUUUGGGAAAUGUGGCUUGCAUCUCAUCUCAAACAGCACAGCAUCACAUACAGUGCAUUCGGAAAGUAUUCGGACCCCUUCCCUUUUUCCAAAUGUUAUGUUACAGCCUUAUUCUAAAAUGGAUUACAUUCAUUUUUUCCCUCAUCAAUCUACACACAAUACCCCAUAAUGACAAAGCAAAAACUGGUUUUUAGAAAUGUUUGUAAAUGUAUUACAAAUAAAAAACAGAUACCUUAUUUAAAUAAGUAUUCAGACCCUUUGCUAUGAGGCUCGAAAUUGAGCUCAGGUGCAUCCUGUUUAUUGUCCUUGAGAUGUUUAUACAACUUGAUUGGAGUCCACCUGUGGUAAAUUCAAUUGAUUGGACAUGAUUUGGAAAGGCACACACCUGUCUAUAUAAGGUCCCACAGUUGACAGUGCAUGUCAGAGCAAAACCAAGCCAUGAGGUCGAAAUAAUUGUCCGUAGAGCACCUAGACAGGACUGUGUCGAGGCACAGAUCUGGGGAAGGGUACCAAAACAUUUAUGCAGCUUUGAAGGUUGGAACCACCAAGAAUCUUCCUAGAGCUGGCCGCCCGGCCAAACUGAGCAAUCGGGGAGAGAAGGGCCUUGGUCAGGGAAAUGACCAAAAACCUGAUCGUCACUCUGACGGAGCUCCAGAGUUCCUCUGUGGAGAUGGGAGAACCUUCCAGAAGGACAACCAUCUCUGCAGCACUCCACCAAUCAGGCCUUUAUGGUAGAGUGUCCAGGUGGAAGCCACUCCUCAGUAAAAGCCACAUGACAGCCCGCUUGGAGUUUGCCAAAAGGCACCUAAAGGACUCUCAGACCAUGAGAAACAAGAUUCUCUGGUCUAAUGAAACCUAGAUUGAACUCUUUGGCCUGAAUGGCAAGCGUUACGUCUGGAGGAUGUUUUUCGGCGGCAGGGACUAGGAGACUAGACGGGAUCGAGGGAAAGAUGAACGGAGCAAAGUACAGAGAGAUCCUUGAUGAGAACCUGCUCCAGAGCGCUCAGGACCUCCGACUGUGGCGAAGGUUCACCUUCCAACAGGAAAACGACCCUAAGCACACAGCCAAGACAACGCAAGAGUGGCUUCGGGACAAGUCUCUGAAUGUCCUUGAGUGGCCCAGCCAGAGCCCGGACUUGAACCCGAUCAAGCAUCUCUAGAGAGACCUGAAAAUAGCUGUGCAGUGACGCUCCCGAUCCAACAUGACAGAGCUUGAGAGGAUCUGCAGAGAAGAAUGGGAGAAACUCCCCAAAUACAGGUGUGCCAAGCUUGUAGCGUCAUACCCAAGAAGACUCGAGGCUGUUUUCGCUGCCAAAUGUGCAAAGUACUGAGUAAAGGGUCUGAAUACUUAUGUAAAUGUGAUUUUUCAUUUUUAAUAAAUUAGCAAAUGUCUAAUCUUGUUUUUGCUUCGUCAUUGUGGGGUAUUGUGUGUAGAUUGAUGAGGAAAAACAAUUUAAUCAAUUUUAGAAUGUGGAAAAAGUCAAGGGGUCUGAAUACUUUCCUAAUGCACUGUAUGUUAUAUGUAACUUCUUUAAGUUAUCAAUUAAUUGAUUUUGUGUCCCUUUUGAGAAUGACACCUUUGGAUCCAGACGUCUUUAUGGCAGUCUUUAUUGGAGGGUUAUUGCGUCUCUUUACAAAUGUUUAACUGUUCUACAAAACAAAGCACAUACUGGACAUUUGCAGGUGUGCUUACUGCUUUUCCUUGACCCUUGGCUGCUGUAUUUCUUACUUGUCAUAUCUUUCUCUGUCUGUCUGUAGGACUAUAUUCCUGGUGUUGCUGUUCUCUCAGUAUGCGAGGAACGUACAGCUUCCUCUGCCCAUCUACAAGGCUAAGAAAGGAUGGACCUCUUAUAGAUUACAGCUCUUCAAGAUGUUCCCCGUGAGUACCCUCACACGUGCACGCACACACAUGCACACACAAACACUGAUGCACACAGAAUAAUUGAGAAAUACACUGGCAGGGGCACACGUGAGUGCACAAACACACACACAUCACUUUUCCUGGAACGGAGUGUGUCUUUUGAUCUGAUUUGUCACAGAUCCAAGUGAGGUCAGACAAAUGGGCACAAACUCCACUAUCUCCUACCUCUUUCCAUCCUCCCAUUACUUGUUGAGUCCUGCUGUUCUAAUAUUAUUCACCUCCCCUGUCUACUCCUUCCCCAUUCCUCUUAAUAAGAUCUGAAGUGAUUCAGUCUUCUAUGGUGCUUCUCUCUCCCCCCUGCUGGUCAUUUGAUGUCAUGAUAUAUAUCUGCUGCUGUAAUAUAACAGUAGACACUGGAAAGGAUUCUUUGCUAGUACUGGUGACUUCACUCUCUCUCUCUCUCCCUGUCUCAUUAAAGGUUCCCCUCUUUAUUAUGUUACUAUUUACUUUAAGAAUGUGGGAGAAUAGAGGGGGGGGAAUAGCAUUUUCAAAUGAUAAAAUGUUAAAAGCACUCAUUGAAGUAGCAUUCCACCAAAGGUCUACUAUUUAUUAAACUGCUCUUUACUGUUUGAACUGGUGACAUCACAACUGUCCCAUACUUGAAUAAAGUAAUCACCACCAUCAUCAUCAUCAUCACUCAGCACCAGUUUAUUAUGGUGCUCUUCAGUGUAACUCACCAGGACAUAUUGUAUGUGUUUUUCUGUGUGUUUUGACGGUCAUGUUUAACCCUUGGUGUUCCCUCCCCCUCAGAUCAUCAUGGCCAUCCUGGUGUCAUGGCUGAUCUGUUUCAUCUUCACUGUAACCAACGUUUUCCCGCCGGAGAAAGACAAGUACGGUUACUACGCCCGCACCGACGCACGCCAGGGGAUACUGGCAGCUGCCCCUUGGUUCAAGAUCCCCUACCCCUGUGAGUUACCCCUCAUGUUGUUCAACCUCGCCCCUAGAAAAGUCCAAACUCUUGAUAAGAGCAUUCAACAGGUUCGUAGCUUCCUCAAAUCUAGAAUGUUGUGUGUUGAGUUUGUGUUUUUACCCAUAGUUCAGUGGGGUGUUCCUACGGUAACAGCGGCAGGGGUGAUAGGUAUGUUCAGUGCCGUGGUCGCCAGCAUCAUCGAGUCCAUCGGGGACUACUACGCCUGUGCACGACUCUCCUGUGCCCCCCCACCCCCUGUUCACGCCAUCAAUAGGUACCUGACCUUUCUCGCAUAGCUCCUUGCCUAAUGCACAUAAUAGAAAAGUUUGCUAGAAAAGUAGAAUCAAUCUGCUUACAUCACGCAGACAUAAUGGUUUGAAUCAUGAUUUGAGAUCCGUGUGUGUACCUGUAACUACCUGAAAAAACAGAUUCAAAAACUACAUUUUUCUCUCUCUGUAGGGGUAUAUUUAUGGAAGGUCUGUCCUGCGUGUUGGAUGGGCUGAUGGGGACAGGAAACGGCUCUACUUCCUCCAGUCCUAAUAUAGGUGUGCUGGGCAUCACUAAGGUAACCAUCACACAUCAACACACAGUCCUACUACGAGUUCUAUAUGCCCGUGUAGGCAUUUAAUUUUUGACCAGACGGCGAAGUUGGCUCAAAACAAAAGUGACUUAAUUAAGCAUCUGUAGUAAUUAGUAGGAUUCUGUGUUUUCCCAUGCAAAAGUGAUUAUUUCUGAUAAAAACGGUUUAUCUGCCUUCCGAAUGAAAACUAGUUUGAAAAUUCUAACAUUUAUUUUAUGGAAAAGAGAUGUGUGUUUCUGGACGAUGCAUCAUGCUGCCUUGUUGACAACAUGACCGAGCGGCGCAGAUUACUGUUCGAUUUGAGAAGGGCGCAGCUCCCUUCCCGCUUUCGCCCGAUGAUGUGACAGGCCAUUGCCGGUUCAACCCGGUCCCAGAAUUAAAAAAAUCCCUCACUGACUAGUAUGCUUGGAUCUUAUUGGCUCUGUAGAGUGGGACAGUUUUAUUCUUCCUGAUAUCCUUUGAUUCGCUCUCUCACUCCCAGCUGCUCUCUGAUUGGUCCUCCAGGUGGGCAGCCGGCGUGUGAUCCAGUACGGUGCUGCUAUGAUGCUGCUGCUAGGGCUGGUGGGUAAAUUCAGCGCGUUGUUCGCCUCCCUGCCUGACCCUGUCCUGGGGGCGCUGUUCUGUACCCUGUUCGGGAUGAUCACGGCUGUGGGACUGUCCAACCUGCAGUUUGUAGACCUCAACUCCUCCAGGAACCUCUUUGUUCUGGGCUUCUCCAUCUUCUUUGGCCUGGUGCUGCCCAGCUAUCUCAAACAGAACCCUCUGGUCACUGGUGAGUAGAGGACAAGUUAGAGUGCACUAUAGAAUUAGCUCAAUGGCCUACUCCUUCAGUGUUCACACAUAUAAUAGGACUGGGUAGCUCUCUGAACUCUCUCCCCUCUCUCUCUCUCCCCUCUCUCUCUCUGUCUCUCAGGUAUAGUGUCAAUAGACCAGGUGUUAAACGUGCUCCUGACCACAGCCAUGUUCGUAGGGGGGUCAGUGGCAUUUGUGCUGGACAACACUAUCCCUGGUGAGUAGACUGUACUAUCACACUAACUGUUAGUUAUAACACUAUCCCUGCUGAAUAGACUGGACUAUCACUGUUAGUUAUAACACUAUCCCUGUUGAAUAGACUGGACUAUCACACUACUACUAUUACUCUACUACUGUACUCCUAACCCUUAUAGUAAUAACACUAUCUAUCCCUUGUGAUUGCAUUUAGAGACAGGACAAGGAUAUCACAAACUGUUGCCUUCUCCAAUCGCUCACCCCCUCUUCCUCCUUUCUCUCUCAUUUCCUCCUGUCAGGUACCAGGGAGGAGCGAGGGAUCGGGAAGUUGAAGCGAGGGUCGGGACCCAGUGCUGCGGAGCUGGAGGGGAUGAGAACCUACGACCUGCCAUUCGGCAUGGACUUCCUGCGUCGCCACACCGUCUUCCAAUACUUCCCCAUCAGCCCCACCUUCAGCGGCUACCAGUGGAACGCGAUCCGCAAGGCCUGCAGACGUAGGGGUGGACGGGGGGAGGCAGGGAAGCCAGCAGAGAUGGAGGGAGUCACAGAACCAGGGGAGAGCGGGGUAUAG